AGCUACCUCUAAUGUCCACCACAAGCUAAAUGCUUCCAAUGCAUCCAUCACGUCAAUGUUUAAAAUGUAUCUGCUCUUAUCGACAAUACAAUAAUCUCCUUCAAUCCCAGGAUGCACUGGAGACGGCGGCAAGGGCAGAGGGCGGUUUGUCCCUGGACGGUGGUGCUCCUUACAUGAAAGAGCUGGAGGAGGAAGCAGUACGGAGCAAAUACCAACACAGCGUCGGCGUCCUCAAACCUAUCCGCUCCACCAGCAAGUAAGCAAGCAGCACCACCGCUGUAAGAGGUGCAUAUCGGUAGGGCCUGGAGUUUUUCCUUGUCAGGCCAAGUGGUCAGGAAAGACUGGGUCCUACAAAUAGGUGCUCUCUCACCUAUAUUGGCCCUUUUUUAGAAUAAGAUUUGUCACACAGUUCUUUACAGUAACCUGGCCUAGACCACCAAAGAGCAAGUGGAAUGGAAUAACUAAGGAGGAAAUCUUGAGACUCCUCUUGCUGUACACGAGUAGAAGUUCCUCUAACUUAUCUGUCCCCCACAACUCCACCCCACUCCCCCCACAGGCACGAGCACCCGGUGGACAACGCGGGCCUCUUCUCCUUCAUGACCUUCAACUGGCUGACCCCGUUGGCUGUUCACGCCCACCGCAAAGGCCAGCUGCUGCUGGAGGACGUGUGGGCCGUGUCCCAGUUUGAGAGCUGCGAGGUCAACCGCCGCAGGUCAGUACUGAUCGCUGCACAUACAGGGUCACAAAGGUCACCCUUCCAAGGAUAGGUCAUUGAGAAUGUGCUUGGCCUGGGUCUCGGCCUCUGUCUUAUUUUUCAACAUUUUAACUGGUCUUUGUCUCGAUACCCUUGGGUUUUGGUCUGGGUCUCAAGAGGUUUGGGUCGGAGUUCUCAACAGCUCCAGUUUUCUUCCCCUUAACAAAAUGUUUUCAUUGUUUUAUGGACAGUGAUAAUCAGAAUGUAGAGGGGGUCAGUUUCAGAGGAAGACAGAGAAAAGGCUUUGUGCUCAUGUGGUACCUGACUCCGGCCUUGACUCUUAGUAGAGGGAGAAUAGAGUGAGUGAUUGUUGGUCGACUGUGGUUUGAUCACCUGUGUGUGCGCAGGCUGGCCGGGCUGUGGGAGGAGGAGCGCAGGGUGAAAGGGGACGAGGCCUCCCUGUGCGGCGUGGUCUGGGCGUUCUGUCGGACCCGCCUGCUUCUCUCCAUCCUCUGCCUCAUGGUCACCCAGCUAGCCGGCUUCAGUGGCCCAGUAAGUAACGCCAUCUCAUCCUCCCCCUGUGGAGGCUUUCUUUCAGUAGCGCUCUCUCUCUCUCCCCCCUGCCUCUGUCCCCUUCCCUCCAUUAAGGCUGAGGCCUACAGAUGAGUUUUACGUGUGUUAAGAUUCUUCUGUCUCAAUGUUAACCCUUUACACUCGUGUGAAUUGGCCUAUAUUGAUAGGGCUACAUUGAAAUGUUUCUUACAGAAGAAAUAUGAAAAACAUGGUAGCAAUUGAAAGGGAACAGUUUGGAGAUUAUGGGAAAAUUAUUAGACCUGAAUAGAGGACUCAAAAGUUCACCUGACACAAGACUGAAUCCAAACAUUACACUGGUGAUUUUAUGUGCAUUUUACAUUGACUGUACUUUUCGCCGCAAUCUGAAAAAACUGGAUACAUUCAGUAACAUAACAAUAUUCCUGGGAAAUGUGGGGUAUAAGGCAAAACAAGGACAAAGGUUUGAGUGAAGGGUCUAACUGGUGUUUCCAAGUGGCUACACAUCUCUCCAAAGUGUGCAAUUCCUAGGUAAUUUCAAUGCACUUUUAUGACUCAAAGAAUAGUAUUUGAGUUUUCCUAGCUGUGCCGUUGAGGAACUAGAGCAAGCACACUUGUAUUUGUUUUGUUUGGAACACAACCCUGCAUCUCCGCCAUCACACAAUUUCUGUUGUUUACACAUUCCAAAAAUGGCACAUUUAUAAAUUGCAAUCUGGGUCAAGUGGGAAUCAUUUGAAAGCUUGUUCUAUUUCCAACAUGACUAGCUAAGUUAUAAAAUACGAUCUUAGUGUUAGUCUUCACUAGGCAAUUCAGAGAAACAGAUUGUAAUUUUGGUGUGCAUAGAAAGGAGUCAUGAGUGCAUUCCGGUGUGUAUUCUGCAGUGAAUUUUCUUCCCAAUAGACAAACAACCUGGUUGUUUUUAACAGAAUGAGCCUAUGACGCCAUGUCAUCUUGUAACUGUGCAUCAAACAUAGUAAUCAAAAACGUUGACACUAAAUGAGUUUUAUGAUAUCGAAAUGUGAAGUGCACAUUUGGACUCACAGGUGUUUGGCUUGCUUGUAUGACAUCAAAGCGGUAUUUAUUAUAAUCCUAAAUAUCUCAUCUUUCAAAAAUGCAUCGAGUCCUCUUAAUUUACAGCAUUUCCCUGACUCAGACGCCAAAACAUUAGCAAAAGUUGCCCAAUUAGCGGGAGGGAUGGGGGCAACUGCUUGUCACGUGCGGUGCUCAAGUUCAGAACGGCUGUCAUCAAAACUCAUACAGCGCUGUGAAGCACAGAGCCUGAGCUCUGAUGUCAUGUAUAGCAUGUUACUGUACAGCCACUGUGUUCCAAUUUAGUUGCUUAUCAGUGCCCAACUCUGCCAUUUUCAACCCGUAUACGGGUACGAGUGUAAAGGGCUACACUGUGGUCUGAAAUGUGCCUUACUGACGACUCAUUUGAAACCAAUUAACUGGAUACUAGAGGAGGGUUAUGGAAUGGGAUGUUUUUGUGUUUUUACCAGUCCAACUCCAAUCUGUUUCUUUUCAAUGGUGUCAUCUCGGAUCCAUUGUGUCUGGCUUUUUUGAGGAGACCACAAUGUUAUGGGUUAUGGAAAUUGUGAAUCCUUGUUCUUUAGUUAACAAUACCUUAGUCAGAAACCUUCCUCCUGUCUGCCGCCCCCUAGAGGGUCUCUGUGACUAGAUAGAUGACACUUGUUGCAAUUGUCCAUCCUACAGCUGUUUUUUAUGUUGUUCUGGUGUUUGUAGGCCUCUCUUAGGUGAGAACAGGUGCUUUAGAGGGAAGGGUUGUGUUCAUUAGGCACCAAACGGAAAGAAAACUGACUGAAACAGGGGGGGACUACCUGGACUUGCCCAAUAAAAAACGCACAUUUCCGUUAUCCGUUGCAAAGUGUUUUCUGUUGCGUGUCCUAAUGAACACGACCCAGGUGUUAGGGUUUUCCUAGGAUAGCCUCUGUCAUCCUCUUCCACAGGGAACACAGUGAGCCGUCUCUACCUCGUUGCAAAAUUCCCCAAACCUUUCCACAGUUCUCAGGUUUUCCAGAAUAUUCUGAACCUGUGAAUUUUCAGGAAAACCCAGAAACUUUGGGAACGUUUCAAGAAUUUUGCAACCCAAGUACUGUCAUCUGCUCUUACUAUAGCAGCACAGCAACACACCUGUGUCUCUCACCCAGGUUAAAGCAACCCAACUAGUACAGAAUGUUCCUGUAACGUUUCCUAGUGGUUCUCCUUUGGUAAUUUGAAAAAUUAUUUGCCUACAACAUUCUGGCAAUGUUAUGUUGGUUCAGGAACCUUCCCACAACCUAAAUGUUUUUUUCCCCAGAACGUUAACCAAAAUGUGUUAGCUGGGAAGAUUAUUGUAUCACCCCCAUUAUUAUAGAUGGGCAGUUUGGGACGGGGUGAGGGCAUGGCAUACAAGUGUUUGUGCUCACUGCUCCCCCCAUGCAAGGUGGCGUGUGACAGAGGCUGUUCUUCAGAUUCCACAGGGUGUCCGUUUAAACCCCUCGGCGAGCAAUAGAGAAUGAAGCGGGCAGAGACCCUGGGGAAGAAAGCCGGAGAGGUAAGGGCAUGUUUCUCAUGCAGGGAUGGAUCAAAAGUUAUUUCUCUAAAACGUUUUUGUCUCUUACUCUGUCUCUCUCUCUCUCUCUCUCAAUUCAAUUCGAUUUGCUUUAUUUGGCAUGACGUAACAAUGUACAUAUUGCCAAAGCUUACUUUGGAGAUUUACAAUAUGAACAUAAUUAAAAUAAUAAUAAACAAUAUUGACGACAGUAACAACAAUAAUCAAGGGUCAAAAUAACCAUACACUGAACAAUAACAAUAAGCAUACAGGACAUGUGCAGGUUGGUUGGUCUGUCAGACACUGUCCCUCAUCUUAUGGCAGGCAGCAAUGUAGUGCGCUGCCAACCCACAGCUCUCUGCGUCCUCCCCCAACAGGACGGGUAGCCUAUCCUCAUCAGAGAGGUCUUUGAAACCUUGAAUAUCGGUUUCGAAUUUGGGGAAAUGACACUCUAAUCUCUCUCGCUCUGAUAUAUAAAAUCUCUUAAUAAAAUAACUGAUGGGUUACCACAAUGCACUGUAAAAUGCUGUUCGAUGUCAUGAACAUAGUUUUUAUUUGUAUGUUUGUAUGCAGUGUUCAAUGCUGUUUUGUUUUUCUUGAUUUAUCACUUCUAACAAUCUGCUGUUAUAAACAAACUUGCUCAGUCAGACUGUCAUAUUAGUCUCAGACAAUCGGACCGGUUUUCCCAUUAAAUGCGAUGUGUUGUUGGACUGUUCAUCCUCUCAGGCUAGAGGGAGGAGAUACAACACACUAGGCUUGUAUCAACAGACUCAACCUUUUUUGGGCCUCAUAAUCCCCCCUCGCUAAAAGACAGGUUGGCAUGGUCCGCUGGUGGAACACCAUUCCAGUGCCAUUAUUAUUCCCCCCCCCCCUGGAUCUUUGGACAAUGACCUAAGGGGAGACGCAACUAAAUAUGAGAUGUCACAUAUCUCAACCCAGAGGACUAGAAACGUGAACAAAACAAACUAAAAGACUGAGGCUAAACCUGACAAAACUCUGUUGACCUGAUCUUGUGCCUCUGAUGUGAAUUGCGUUUGAUACUCUUUCCUGAUGGAUCUGAUCAGCUGUGUUUUGUUGUUUUCUUAACCUGUUUAUGAUGGAUUUACAUGUGUGCUGUUUGCAAUUUUUAAAAAUAGUUUACACGAAUGGUUUCAAGGUUUCUAUUUGCCUAUUUCAAUAAAACAUGCAUUUAUCAACAAUGUAGGUUUGCUGACUCCCUGGUUGUGGACUGAUUAACGUGAAUGUGGAAUUGAUUGUUGGUACAUCGUGUGUGUCAGUGUGUAUGUGUGUGUGUCAGUGUGUAUGUGUGUGUGUCAGUAUGUAUGUGUGUGUGUCUGUAUGUGUGUGUGUGUGUGUGUGUGUGUGUCAGUAUGUGUGUGCAGGAUUCCACACCUUUUUCUAUUUGCUCUGCUCUGUCUCUCUCGUCUGUAUAAUCUGCUGACGUUAACUUCCAGUUCUUUUAGACAUAACUGCACGGCCACUCCCACCCGAUGUGACUGUAGGUAUAAUGUCUGAAUCCAUUUACCUGAUGAUGCAAACAAUAGGAAAUGUCAUGUUGGAAUGGGAUUCUCUGUGCCGAAAAACGGCAGUGUCAAUCUUUCCCUCUUUUAAAGGAUCUUAACAAAAUCUUAGCAAAAUGCCACCAGAGGUAAAGGGUGAGAGCUGAACCUAAAGAAAUAGUCAGUAGAGCCUGUUCAGCUUCCCUCCGUUUUCGGGCCCCUCCUUUUUUUUUGAAAUUUCCGGGGGCUUUUUGAUUCUUUCUGACUGCCCUUCUCCCUGCCUCUACCCCCCCCUCCCACCCCCCUCUCCUGCCCCUCCUCUCCUCCCUCUCCCCCCCUCCUCUCCCUCCCCUCCUCUCCUCCCCCCCUCCCCCCUUUUCCCUCCCUCCCCCCUCUCCUCUCCUCCCCCUCCUCUCCUCCCUCCCCCCCCCUCACCCUCCCCCCCUCUCCUACCCUCCCCAAAAAUCUUCCUCCCCCUCCCUCUCUCCAUGCCUCUCUCCUCACCCCCUCCCUCUCCCUCCGUCCCCAUCCUCUCCCUCCCUCCCCUCCUCCUUCCCUCCCCUCGUUUCCCCCUCCCUAAUUCCUCUCCUUCCUCUCCUCUUACCUCUUUGAAUCUUCCCCUCUCCACGUCCUCCCUCCGUCUUCGUUCUUCUAUCUCUCCUCCUCGCACUCUAAAGAAGGAGAGGAACUAGAAAAGAACCUACUCCUCGCCCGUCCUUCCUCCUCCCUCCCUCUCCUUCCUUCCUUCCCCUCCUUCCAACUUCUCCUCCUCUCCCCUCUCCCCUCCUUCCCCCCCCUCUCUCUCCCUGCCCUCACAUUCCCUCCCUCUCCGCUCCUCCCGCCCCUCCACGCCCUCCUCCCUCUCCUCCCUCUCCUCUCCUCUCCUACCCUCUUCCGCCCACUCCCUCCCUCUCCUCUCCCCCUCUCGUUCUCUCCUUCGGGAUCCUCUCCUUCCUGCUUAGCACCCUCUCACUGCCCUCUUCUCCUCUCCGAGGGCCAUCUUCUAUCCUGCCCUCUUCCUGCUCCUCUCCUGCCCUCUCCUCUCCUGCCCUCUCCUCUCCUGCUAGGCCUUUGUGGUGAAGCGGCUGUUGGAGUACACAGAGCAGGCGGAACCCGACCUGCCCUACGGCCUGCUGCUGGUCGUGGGGCUGCUGUGCACCGAGCUGGUCCGCUCCUGGUCACUGGCGCUCACCUGGGCCCUCAACUACCGCACAGGCACCCGCCUGCGGGGCGCCAUCCUCACCAUGGCCUUCCACAAGAUCCUGCGGCUCCGCAGCAUCCGAGACAAAUCCAUGGGACAGGUGAGACCACCAGACAGAGGUUUCACACAAAUUGUUUUUCUUUAAGAGAACUGGGCUGGUGAGAUGGGGUGGGAGGGACAGGGGUGAGAUAAUGGUUAGCCUCACAAAAAUGCUAGCUCUCAUUUAGGCUAAACGGUGUUAAGGGAUUUCAGAUGUUGCUUAUCGUUAGUGUGAACGAGAAAGUGCCAAAGUAACUCUGUUCGAGACUCACCUUUAAUACAAUACUAGCAUUGCAAAACAGUUCGCUAUUGUUGCCAGAAUGCAUGAUUUGCAAUGCAAUACAUGGCGUGUAGAGUAGGAGAUGGAGCUGGUGUAGUUCUGUACUGAUGUAAGUGUCUCUCUUGCUCUCUCUGCAGUUGAUCAACAUGUGUUCUAACGACGGCCAGCGGAUGUUUGAGGCGGCGGCUGUGGGCAGUCUGCUGGCAGGUGGGCCUCUUAUCGCUGUGCUGGGGAUGGGCUACAACCUGGCGAUACUGGGUCCCACCUCCUUACUGGGCUCUGCAGUCUUCAUCCUCUUCUAUCCUGCUAUGGUGAGCAGCAUACAGACUUACACACACACACACAGAACAAUGAAAAGACAUGAUAUAACAACAUUUCCCUGCUGCAGAUGUUCAGCUCGAGGCUGACCGCCUACUUCAGGAGGAAGGGCGUGGCCGUGACGGAUCGGCGGGUCCAGAAGAUGAACGAGAUCCUCAACUACAUCAAGUUCAUCAAGAUGUACGCCUGGGUCAAGGCCUUCUCCCAGGAUGUGCGCAGUAAGUGCCGUGUGUGAGAUUUAAUUGAUCAAUUAGCUGGAUGAUAAAUUUUUCUGACUGACUGAAUGACUGGUGGCAUUCCAUGUAAACUUUUUCGCAGUCGUGCUGCGCAGAAUAUCAGAUUUUGGAAAGUUGCAAAGUUGUGUUGCAUUAUGGGGAUAAACAAUUCCAACUUGCGCCUACAUGUCGACUGCCGUUUCUUUACAAAAACAUGGUGAUCAAACGUCACGAAGUUUCAACUGCAAGUUGCUCUUCACCAACUUCAACCUGCAGCCAUCGUCUGCAUUGUGGGAGGCUUUAUUGUCAACCAAUCAUUAGGGUGUUUUUGUUUCACCAAUGCAAAAUGCACCUCUCCUGUCGACUUCCAUCUGUAGUCAUCUGCAUUAGCCUAAACCUGAAUACGACCAGUGUUUUACUGACUGACAGACUGAUUCAUUGUUUGACUGGCUGGUUGGUUGGAUAACUGACUGACAGACUGAUUCAUUGUUUGACUGACUGACUGAUAUAUUUGCCCUUGCAGGGAUUCGAGAGGAGGAGCGCGUCAUCCUAGAGAGGACAGGCUACUUCCAGAGCAUCACAGUGGGCGUGGCUCCCAUCGUUGUGGUGAUCGCCAGCGUUGCCACAUUUUCCACUCACAUGCUUCUGGGCUACGACCUCACCGCUGCUCAGGUAGCUACCAGCUAUCUGGUCCAAUCCCAGUCUGCCUCCCAAGUGGCACCAUAUUUAGUGCAGUACACUUGACCAGGGCCCUACUAUGGUGCAGUAGAUAGGGAAUAAGGUACUAUUUCAUCCACCCUAGGCCCUAGACACUCCAGUAGAUCAGAGAGGAUUGAAUAUGUGUAAGCAAUAUUUCCAACCCUGCUAAUCAGAAGAAAGACAAGUUGAGGCAAAUCAAAUCAAAGCAAAUGUUAUUUGCCACAUGCGCCGAAUACAACAGGUGUAGACAUUACCGUGAAAUGCUUACUUACAGCCCUUAACCAACAAUGCAUUUAUUUUUUAAUAAAAAAGUAAAAUAAAACAACAACAAAAAAGUGUUGAGAAAAAAAGAGCAGAAGUAAAAUAAAAUAACAGUAGGGAGGCUAUAUACAGGGGGGUACCGGUGCAGAGUCAAUGUGCGGGGGCACCGGCUAGUUGAGGUAAUAUGUACAUGUGGGUAGAGUUAAAGUGACUAUACUCGAGGGAUGCUUUGACUGACAGAAGCCGGUCAACCAGGUCUGAAACAAAGGAUGGAUGGUGUUGGAUCUUUCUUCCCCUCGCAGGCAUUUACAGUGGUGACCGUUUUCAACGCCAUGACCUUUGCCCUGAAGGUCACCCCUUUCUCUGUCAAGUCCUUGUCAGAAGCAUCGGUAGCCAUGGAGAGGUUCAAGGUAAGAUUCCUCCCUUUUUCUUUCUUUCUGGCUGUCUGUUCGGCUGUCGUUUCGGCUGUCUGUUCAGCUGUUUGGCUCUCUGUUCAGCUGUUCGGCUCUCUGUUCAGCUGUCUGUUCGGCUGUCGGUUCGGCUGUCGGUUCGGCUGUCGGUUCGGCUGUCGGUUCGGCUGUCGGUUCGGCUGUCUGUUCAGCUGUUCGGCUGUCGGUUCGGCUGUCGCUGUCCGUUUCACCCAGUAAAACAACACAUUUCACUGCACCUAUCUGGUGUAUGUGACAAUAAAAACAUAAUCGUCGUCUGGCGCUGUCUGUAACGUCCGUCUCUGUCUGUUCAUAUUGGCGCUGUCUGUUCGUCUAUUGCUGUAUGUUCGUUUAUUGCUGUCUGUUCGUCUGGCGCUGUGUGGUAUGUGAGUGGGAUGUGUUGGGUCUGCCUGUCCGUUGGUCUGGCUGGCUCUCUGUGGCAUGUGAGUGGGAUGUGUUGGGUCUGCCUGUCCGUUGGUCUGGCUGGCUCUCUGUGGCAUGUGAGUGGGAUGUGUUUCAGUCUGGGUAUGUUGUCCUGGACCUGGAAGGGGCUCUGUUUCUCCUAAUCCCCCUCUCUGUCCUCUGAGAAAACACACACCACUUCAGAAAACACACACCCACAUUACUUCAGAACACACAAACACAAGACACACACCACUUCAGCACCUCCUGGAACAAUGGGCAGGGGGCGAUGCGGUGCCAAGCGGCUCUAGAUGCAAUGUGGUCUUUUGAAACCAAAUAGAUAAAAUAUAUUAUUAUUAUUAUAUUAUUAGAUAGGUUUGAACUGCUUUAACCUUUACAUCAAUGACCUUCACAUUGUCAUCAUGACUAGACUCCUACAUGCAUGUGUGUGUCUCAGAGUCCACCUCUUGAUGCCCUGUCCUCGCAUAGCGGCCGUAUCAGCGCCUGUACUGUGUGUGUGUGUUCUAAUACGCCUCUCCUCGCUUCCGGACCAUACCAGAGCCUGUACUGUGUGUGUGUGUGUGUUCUCUGACACCGCUCUCCCUGGCCUACCAGAGCCUGUUCCUGAUGGCAGAGGUGGAGAUGAUCCGGGACAAGCCCCAGAACCCCCAGGUUGCCGUGGAGAUGACAGGCGCCAGCCUAGCCUGGGAGACGGCUGGUCACAGUGCCCAGCCCACACCCCGUGGCACCCCCAUGGUUGGCGCCACGCAGAGACACGGGCGUCGGAGGCCCACCCAGGAGUACAAGGCAGGGGAGCAGGCAGGGCGUCUGCUGAAGGAGGGGGAGAUCCAGUCCAGCCCCGAGGGCAACCCCCCUCCCAUCCCCUCCGUCAGCCAGCGGCUGCAGAGGACCCUGCACUGCGUGGACCUCACCGUUCAGCAGGUAGCUAACUAGCCACGGGACGGGGGUGUCUGGUUGUGAAAGGACAGAAAAUAUUUGACGUACAGUAGAACACAGUGCACACAUCCAGUAGUUUGAAGCAGGUGAUGGAUGUCAAAGAAUAUGGCUGCGUCCCAAAUAUAGUGCACUUUGUUUGACCAGGGCCCGUACACUAGCUGGGGAAUAGUGUGCCAUUUGGGACACAACCCAUGUUCAGCAAAAAGUAAAAUAAGACUGCGAUCUGUGGGCUGUACAGUUUGAAGAGUUAUUGUGGUUAACUGACCAGGGGAAAUUCAUGGCACUAUUUAUAGGCUAAAACUAGGGAUAAGAAAACCGUCAUACAUUUUAGUUAGUUUUAUUGUGCACUGCGAUUCAUCUUUUCACUGCCAAUGUGUACAACAUGAAUAAACGGAACUAAAAUAUCCACCAUACUAUCCUCUGUCUCCAGGGGAAGCUGACUGGGAUCUGUGGAAGCGUUGGCAGUGGGAAGAGCUCUCUGAUCUCUGCCAUCCUUGGACAGGUAAGAUAAGUCUAACAGGCCUGCUACACUGGACGUGUCAUUUUUGCGGCGCGUGAGUCGCUCCUACUCACGGUCCGUAAGCAGGACAGCUCCGCGAGAGGCUUGCGCUGCUCAGCGUAACAUUACGCUCUGGUUCUAUUUUUAAGAAUCCGAUGUGCGGCUAACGCCUGAGAGAACUUGAUAAAGUGAUUUGCUCUCUGCUCACACAGCAAACGAUACACGUCCAGUGUAGAAACAACAGCACAGCGUAAGAAAUAUACUCUCGUUGGCCAAUGAGGACACCAAUUCAAUAACAGGCACACACUGCAGUCCCUGUGGCCCUCCCUUACUCUAUAGACAACUGUUUACUAAGCUGCAUGAUGCCCAGGGGCCUGUUGGACAGGGUGCAACUUUACUGAACGUUCAGAUAUAACUUAUGUAGAACACACUAUUGCCUUGUCAGGUAGAAUGGGGAAUCGUGUCGGCUCUAUCCUUCACAAUUCUAUCUGAACGUUUCACUUCACUCAAUACAUCCCCCCUGGUGUGAAUGGUUUUAGGGUGAAGUUGCCCCUAGACGCUGAUCUAGGGUCAGUUUAGCAUUUCCCCCACUAAUGGUUAAGGUUAGAAUUAGGGGGAGGGAAGCUGAUCCUAGAUCUGUACCUAGGGGCAAACUUCAUUGCGGAGCAUGUGAGUGAUGGGAGGAUGACCUGUAGUGAACUCUGACCUGUGACCUUUAUGACCUUAAGAUGACCCUGCUGGAGGGCAAGGUGGCAGUGAACGGGGACUUUGCCUAUGUGGCCCAACAGGCCUGGAUCCUCAAUGCCACGCUCAGGGACAACAUCCUCUUUGGGAAAGAAUACGAGGAGGACAGGUAACGGAAUGAAACUACAGUUGUUGUUGUUUUAGUUUUGUUAAAGUAUAUCUUUAUUUUAUUGAGGUAGGACAGUGAAGAGGAGACCAGAAAGGUAGGUGAGAUUGCGAGUCAAAAGGGCAGAGGGUCGGAUUCGAACCCAUGCCGACACUAGGCUGGCCGUACAUGUGUGCCGGGAUCCACAGCAUUAACCCACUGGAGCUCACAGGCCACAGGAAUGAUACUACUGUGAGAAUCGAUUGGAUUAAUGUACAUAGCGAUUUCUAAGGUGCUCAUCCAUUACCCAAUAUAUACUGUAGCUCUGAAGUAUAAUCCCACUGUGUGUGUUCAAGGUUCCAGGCUGCUCUGAGUGCAUGCUGUCUGAGACCUGACCUGGCUAUACUGCCCAACGCCGAUCUGACUGAGGUGAGAAUUAUGAUUUGUUUAUCCACCAUGGAAAUAAGACUUCGGGCCUUAUUGUGUCUAGAUGAGCAAAAAUGUUAUAGGUCCGCAUUGUGGCGGUCAUGAAGUUUUGUCAGCCGGUUAGUGUCAUGCAAAUGACUGCCGCUAUCACAGUAAUUCACCGUUAAUUAACAUAAACACGUUUUGCAUCUCCAGGCCUCUACUUAUACAAGCCACUGAUGUGGGCCUUUUGGAACAUCUACAUUUUUUAAAAGUCUAAUAAAUCCAUUUAAUAUACACCAUCACAAUAAUUCCAUUAUUUAUUCUAGGCAGCUCUAAAGAAACAUUAUGACAUGAAGAAAAUGUAUUUCAGAGGAACAGAAUAUGAGUUGGCCUACUGUAUGUUAUCUGGCUUUGCGCCAUGCCAUAGUCUGUAGACUUGUUCAUUUAGCAGAAAAUAUACAGUAUGCUUAUAAGUCUUGUGCCAUUAUUUUAUAUUAUAUGAUUUUAUAUAUAAUUUAACUUAGCUGAAUAAAAUAGAAAAUAUAUUUUUCCUAUUCCGGAGCGAGUGCGCAUUUAAGUGCUAUGUUGAGCAUAAAACAGAUCAUUUGAAACAGGUCCUAUACACUAGAUUUAGAGUUAUUUGGCAACUUUAGUUGUGAAUGAUACAAACCUUAGAAUGUCUUAGAAAUCAAAACGUACAGUGCAUUCGGAAAGUAUUCAGACCCCUUGACUUUUUACAAAUUUAGUUACGUUAGAGCCUUAUUCUAAAAUUGAUUAAAUUAAAUGUUCCCAAUCUACACACAAUACCCCAUAAUGACAAAGCGAAAACAGGUUUUUAGAAAAUGUUGCAAAUGUAUUACAAAUACAAAACAUAAUUAUUCAGACCCUUUGCUAUGAGCUCAGGUGCAUCCUGUUUCCAGUGAUCAUCCUUGAUGUUUCUACAACUUGAUUGGAGUCCACCUGUGGUAAAUUCAAUUGAUUGGACAUGAUUUGGAAAGGCACACACCUGUCUAUAUAAGGUCCCACAGUUGACAGUGCAUGUCAGAGCAAAAACCAAGCCAUGAGGUCGAAGGAAUUGUCCGUAGAGCUCCGAGACAGGAUUGUGUCAAGGCACAGAUCUGGGGAAGGGUACCAAAAAAUGUUUGCAGCGUUGAAGGUCCCCAAGAACACUGUGGCCUACAUCAUUCUUAAAUGGAAGAAGUUUGGAUCCACCAAGACUCUUCCUAGAGCUUGCCGCCUGGCCAAAGUGAGCAAUCGGGGGAGAAGGGCCUUACUCAGAGAAGUGACCAAGAACCCGAUGGUCACUCGGACAAAGCUCCAGAGUUCCUCUGUGGAGAUAGGAGAACAUUCCAGUAAGGACAACCAUCUCUGCUGUACUCCACCAAUCAGGCCUUUAUUGGUAGAGUGGCCAGACGGAAGCCAGUCCUCAGUAAAAGGCACAUGACAGCCCGCUUGGAAUUUGCCAAAAGGCACCUAAAGGACUCUGACCAUGAGAAAAAAUAUUCUCUGGUCUGAUGAAACCAAGAUUAAACUAUUUUGCCUGAAUACAAAGCGUCACGUCUGGAGGAAACCUGACACCAUCCCUACGGUGUGAAGCAUGGUGGUGGCAGAAGGCCUAAGUUCUCUCCCAGAUCAUGGAUAAAAGUUGGAACGUGCAUAGGGUAACCAGUCAUUUCCAGUAUGCAUAAUAAUACAGUCAUCACUUAAGGGGAUACCCUACUUAAGGACAGAGGGCAGAAAACACAAAACACACACGCAAUCCUUGUAUAUAGCAUUCUUAUAACCUCAAACUACCUGUACUCCUGCACAUGACUCAGUGUGGUAUCCUUGUAUUAUUAGCCUCAUUAUUACUCAACUACCUCGUACCCCUGCACAUUGACUCUGUACCGUUACUCCUUGUAUAUAGCAUUGUUAUUAUUUUGUGUUACUAUUUCCUUUUUUAUGCUGAACAAAAAUAUAAACGCAACAUGCAACAAUUUCAAAGAUUUUACUGAGUUACAGUUCAUAUAAGGAAAUCAGUCAAUUGAAAUUAAUUCAUUAAGCCCUAAUCUAUGGAUUUCACAUGACUGGGGAUACAGAUAUGCAUCUGUUGGUCACAGAUACCUUUUAAAACAAAAGUAGGGGCGUAGAUCAUAAACCAGACAGUAUCUGGUGUGACCAAAAUCUGUAAAACUAAUCUUAACAGGCCUAUUGGCCGCCGGCCAUAUCAUCAACUUUAUUAAUUUUUAUUUGUAUAUAAAAAAAAAAUGUUUUUGUUUGUCAGUAUCAUCCAUUCCCCCCUAACUAAAAAAAUGGUCCAGCCCAUCUGGCAAAUCUGCCCCUGCACCUUCAUAUGUAUUGUUAUUAUGUUAAUCAAUCAAUGAGUCUGUUAUGUCUCCUCAGAUCGGAGAACGUGGCGCCAACCUGAGUGGCGGGCAGCGCCAGCGGAUCAGCCUGGCGCGUGCUCUGUACAGUGACCGAGCCAUCUACAUCCUGGAUGACCCGCUCAGUGCACUGGAUGCCCACGUGGGCAACCACAUCUUCAACAACGCCAUCAAAAAGCAGCUCCGCCACAAGACCAUCAUCUUCGUCACUCACCAGCUGCAGGUGAAUACUUUAUCCAUUUUAAUAUUGGUUGUAAAGCACUACAUACGAUACAUGCGCAUAAGGUCUAGAUAAGCUACAGAAGGUCUUGUAUUAACCUUAAGAAGCAAUUAUUUGCUAUACAAUUGUUUGGUAGGACAAUGCCCACAUUUCCUGCACAACAGCAUUUUCUCAUUGCUAGGUUGGGCCCCACCUUUGCUUAUGACGUUCAGGGAAUGAAAUCUCACUGUGUGUUUGUGUAGUACCUGGUGGACUGCGAUGACGUCAUCUUCAUGAGGGAGGGCAGCAUCACGGAGCAGGGUAGCCAUGAGGGCCUAAUGCGUCUCAAUGGAGACUACGCAGCCAUGUUCAACAACCUACAGCUGGGAGAGACGCCCUUCAUAGAGGUGAGAGGGACAGGUGUGUGUGUGUAUAGACAGUUAUGCUAAAAAUAUGUUUUCGGAACAAUUUAUUUCAGAUGUCCACCACUGAUGUCUUGUUUAAAUUUAGUUUGCAUAUGUCAUGUAAAUUGAGUGUUGUCUAUAUUGUGGUUGUAUUGUGGUUCACAUAACGUGUAACAUGUCAUUGUUCCUCAAAAGGUGCCAACUGAGAAGUCUGGGAACUCCCUAAAGAAACCCCCAGAGAACACAAAGUCUGCAUCUAUAAAGAAGGACAAGCCUGUUAGCAAAGACAACGGUACGGAACCAUUGUACUAGCUACAGGUGUGCGUUCUUGUUUCCUGUCCUCAGCUCCUUUCCCUCAGUCAUGUUAGAUUCUAAAUAAACAGAGAAUAACUCACGAACGAAUAGUAAAGCUCAAACCAAGUCUAUUCACCCACUGGGUCAUACAGCUGCAUAAGACAAAGACAUGUUUCCACAAGUACAUAUAUUGAUACCCUCUGGUGGGCGGAGUCAACCCCUUGCACAUCUAGACAGCCAAUACAUCUCUGUUGCUAGGCAGGAACUUGAAUGAUGCCUGUUCUUUCUUACUUAAUCUGACCUCGACCCAAAUUCCUCACUCCUCCCCAACUCACGGCUGUCCUACCUGUCCUAUCUGUUGACUGGAACCAGACUGUGGCCCUUCUCCUCUCCAUAGGAUAUAUGAGAUUUAACAAUAACAUGUUCUGACAGAAUGUCAACUUCCUGUCCUCCCCUUUAUCACUCAGUAGAUUUCCACACCCUCUGUUCUAAUAUGGUAACAUGAAUAAGGAUAUUUCAUAUUUCAAGUUUAGAAGUUAGUACCCAACAGUCAUAACCACAAAGCACUUGAUGAAUGUGGUGGAAUGUUAUCCAUCCUUUAUACCUUCUAGUGCUUUGGUAGAAAAGGAGACUGUUAAGGAGUAUUGAGACCGAGGACGACAUAAUAAGUUUGCAAAACAGUCCUCAAAAAGCCACGAGCAAAGUUGACCAAAAUAACCAUCACACUUGUAAUAUACAAGACGGCAUUUCAUUCACAACUCACAAGAAUAUACAAUACACAAGAAAGUAAAUAAUUGCGGUUGUCUCAUGGACAUAUUAUGAGUAAAGUUCAUCAUUCUUUCCACAAUUAGUACCGGUAGAAACUAUUUUUCCCAGAGUUCAGUGCUAAUAGAAAAUCUCACCCACCGUAACCUCGUCCCCAGCUGCUAGGUAGGCGGAAGUGUCUGGGAAUGAGAUUACACCCAGCACUGCCUCUGUCCCUUACUCAACCUCCCUCUCUCCUUGUCCCCCAGGCCAGCUGAUGCAGGUGGAGGAGUGCGGGCGGGGCUCGGUCCCCUGGUCUGUGUACGGCGUCUACAUCCAGGCCUCGGGCGGAGCGCUGGCCUUCCUCCUAAUCCUGGCCCUCUUCGUCCUCAACGUGGGCAGCACGGCCUUCAGUAACUGGUGGCUCAGUUACUGGAUCAAGCAGGGCAGCGGGGUGAGUGGCAUCGGGUGGCAGGGUUGGGGCGGGGUGAGUGGCACCGGUGGCAUCGGGUGGCAGGGUUGGGGAAGGGGGGGGGGUCAAUGUAAUUUCAGUUCAUUUUUGUUUUCAUUUUUUUUUUUUUUUUUUUUUUUUUUCCGUGAUCGUCAGAUAAUCAAUUCGAUACGGUAGUGAAACUUGUCCUGAUAAUGCCAGGAUCGAACCACUACUUGGCGUCAAUCGCCGUGCUUACCAGUGAGCUACAGAGACCCUUUGUUCUGAUAUGAGGUUGGGGUCAUCCUUUUCUAUUCAGGAGAUGAAUUGGAAUUGUCAUUCUCUUUCUCAAAUUCAAUCUUCAAGAGAAAGCCUGAUUACUUACCAAGAUUAGUUUUUUAGGCUUUGUUUAGGCCUAAACUUUUUGGGGGGAUACGGUCAACAUUCUGGAUGUCCUGAAAGUACAAACUGAACUUGUCUUUGGAGAAGAAGUAAUGUGCCUUUUGUUAGAAACUGUAACUACUAACUUAGGAGUAGUAUAGUCGUGGUCAAAAGUUUUGAGAAUGACACGAAUAUUAAUUUUCACAAAGUCAGCUUUUAUGAUGGCAAUUUGCAUAUACUCCAGAAUGUUAUGAAGAGUGAUCAGAUGAAUUGCAAUUAAUUGCAAAGUCCCUCUUUGCCAUGAAAAUGAACUUAAUCCCCCAAAAACAUUUCCACUGCAUUUCAGCCCUGCCACAAAAGGACCAGCUGACAUCAUGUCAGUGAUUCUCUCGUUAACACAGGUGAGAGUGUAGACGAGGACAAGGCUGGAGAUCACUCGGUCAUGCUGAUUGAGUUAGUAUAACAGACUGGAAGCUGUAAAAGGAGGGUGGUGCUUGAAAUCAUUGUUCUUCCUCUGUUAACCAUGGUUACCUGCAAGGAAACACGUGCCGUCUGCGUUGCACAAAAAGGGCUUCACGGGCAAGGAUAUUGCUGCUAGUAAGAUUGCACCUAAAUCAACCAUUUAUCGGCUCAUCAAGAACUUCAAGGAGAGAGGUUCAAUUGUUGUGAAGAAGGCUUCAGGGCGCCCAAGAAAGUCCAGCAAGCGCCAGGACCGUCUCCUAAAGUUGAUUCAGCUGCGGAAUCGGGGCACCACCAGUGCAGCGCUUGCUCAGGAAUGGCAGCAGGCAGGUGUGAGUGCAUCUGCACACACAGUAAGGCAAAGACUUUUGGAGGAUGGCCUGGUGUCAAGAAGGGCAGCGAGGAAGCCACUUCUCUCCAGGAAAAACAUCAGGGACAGACUGAUAUUCUGCAAAAGGUACAGGGAUUGGACUGCUGAGGACUGGGGUAAAGUCAUUUUCUCUGAUGAAUCCCCUUUACGAUUGUUUGGGGCAUCCGGACAAAAGCUUGUCCGGAGAAGACAAGGUGAGCGCUACCAUCAGUCCUGUGUCAUGCCAACAGUAAAGCAUCCUGAGACCAUUCAUGUGUGGGAUUGCUUCUCAGCCAAGCGAGUGGGCUCACUCACAAUUUUGCCUAAGAACACAGCCAUGAAUAAAGAAUGUUACCAACACAUCCUCCGAGAGCAACUUCUCCCAACCAUCCAAGAACAGUUUGGUGACAAACAAUGCCUUUUCCAGCAUGAUGGAGCAACUUGCCAUAAGGCAAAGUGAUAACUAAGUGGCUCGGGGAACAAAACAUCGACAUUUUGGGUCCAUGGCCAGGAAACACCCCAGACCUUAAUCCCAUUGAGAACUUGUGGUCAAUCCUCAAGAGGCGGGUGGACAAACAAAAACCCACAAAUUCUGACAAACUCCAAGCAUUGAUUAUGCAAGAAUGAGCUGCCAUCAGUCAGGAUGUGGCCCAGAAGUUAAUGGACAGCAUGCCAGGGCGGAUUGCAGAGGUCUUGAAAAAGAAGGGUCAACACUGCAAAUAUUGACUCUUUGCAUAAAUGUAAUGUAAUUGUCAAGACCAAUACUUGUGUCAUUCUCAAAACUUUUGACCACGACUGUAGUCGAUAAACUCCCUAUUAUAUUAUAUAACGCUAUAAUUAUAAACUCACCAACGCUAUUAACUGAAUGGGGCAGUUUUCACACACUAGUGUUGGUGUGUUGAGAUAUGGACAGACACUAAUCAACUAAUCAGUGGUGAGAGCAGGUGUAAGGGGAGAGAUACUUAAAUAUUUAAUGUGUAAAUUUGACCUUGAUCAUGUGUGUGUCUGUACUGCUGUUCCACUGGCAAAGACAUGAUCAGUCUAUAAUUUUAAUGGUAGGUUUAUUUGAACAGUGAGAGACAGAAUAACAACAAACAAAUCCAGAAAAACGCAUGUCAAAAAUGUUAUAAAUUGAUUUGCAUUUUAAUAAGGGAAAUAAGUAUUUGACCCCUCUGCAAAACAUGACUUAGUACUUGGUGGCAAAACCUUUGUUGGCAAUCACAGAGGUCAGACGUUUCUUGUAGUUGGCCACCAGGUUUGCACACAUCUCAGGAGGGAUUUUGUUCCACUCCUCUUUGCAGAUCUUCUCCAAGUCAUUAAGGUUUCGAGGCUGAUGUUUGGCAACUCAAACCUUCAGCUCCCUCCACAAAUGUUCUAUGGGAUUAAGGUCUGGAGACUGGCUAGGCCACUCCAGGACCUUAAUGUGCUUCUUCUUGAGCCACUCCUUUGUUGUUUGGGUCAUUGUCAUGCUGGAAUACCCAGCCCCGACCCAUUUUCAAUGCCCUGGCUGAGGGAAGGAGGUUCUCACCCAAGAUUUGACGGAACAUGGCCCCCCCGUCCAUCGUCCCUUUGAUGCGGUGAAGUUGUCCUGUCCCCUUGGCAGAAAAACACCCCCAAAGCAUAAUGUUUCCACCUCCAUGUUUGACGGUGGGGAUGGUGUUCUUGGGGUCAUAGGCAGCAUUCCUCCUCCUCCAAACACGGAGAGUUGAGUUGAUGCCAAAAGAGCUCCAUUUUGGUCUCAUCUGACCACAACACUUUCGCCCAGUUCUCCUCAGAAUCAUUCAGAUGUUCAUUGGCAGACUUCAGAUGGGCCUGUAUAUGUGCUUUCUUGAGCAGGGGGACCUUGCGGGCGCUGCAGGAUUUCAGUCCUUCACGGCGUAGUGUGUUACCAAUUGUUUUCUUGGUGGCUAUGGUCCCAGCUGCCUUGAGAUCAUUGACAAGAUCCUCCCGUGUAGUUCUAGGCUUAUUCCUCACCGUUCUCAUGAUCAUUGCAACUCCACAAGGUGAGAUCUUGCAUGGAGCCCCAGGCAGAGGGAGAUUGACAGUUCUUUUGUGUUUCUUCCAUUUGCGAAUAAUCGCACCAACUGUUGUCACCUUCUCACCAAGCUGCUUGGCGAUGGUCUUGUAGCCCAUUCCAGCCUUGUGUAGGUCUACAAUCUUGUCCCUGACAUCCUUUGAGAGCUCUUUGAUCUUGGCCAUGGUGGAGAUCAAUCUGAUUGAUUGAUUGCUUCUGUGGACAGGUGUCUUUUAUACAGGUAACAAGCUGAGAUUAGGAGCACUCCCUUUAAGAGUGUGCUCCUAAUCUCAGCUCGUUACCUGUAUAAAAGACACCUGGGAGGCAGAAAUCUUUAUUGAGAGGGGGUCAAAUACUUAUUUCCCUCAUUAAAAUGCUAAUCAAUUUAUAACAUUUUUGACAUGCGUUUUUCUGAAUUUUUUUGUUGUUAUUCUGUCUCUCACUGUUCAAAUAAACCUACCAUUAAAAUUAUAGAAUGAUAAUUUCUUUGUCAGUGGGCAAACGUACAAAAUCAGCAGGGGAUCAAAUACUUUUUUGCCUCAAUGUAUGUCUGUGCGCGUGUGUGGUGUUGGUGGAGGGUUAGGUUUAGUAUAUCCUUAUCUGUGUAUUUCUGAGGAGACUGACUGUUUACCUUUCCCUUUGAACCGAACAACAGCAUGCACACUGGAUGGGUCAGUAAACAAACAAACUGCUCUUCCAAGGACUUCCCAAGCCAUGCAUUCACCCUCCGGAGAGAGAGGCUCAGUUAGAACAAUACAUUUGUUUCAUAUAGUGCUUUUGCAGAUUCUCCUCGAAGCAUCUUGUCAUCGAGUGCUUUUAGGGGUUAAAGUGCCUUGCACAAAGGCACAACAGCAGAAGAUACCUGGGUUCAGAAGCCAUUAGCCGCCUUGUCGCCAGGUCAUCUCUCACCUUUAUUGACCGACCUAUGAUUUGAUCCAUUAACCAGCCUCCAGAAUACUCCCAUAUCUGAGUGUUCUGAGUAUUGAAUAUGAUGUUCUGUGUGUAGAAUACCACGGUGUUGGUGGGGAACAGUUCGGUGGUGAGCGAAAGUAUGAAGGACAACCCAUUGAUGCAGCACUACGCUGGAGUCUACGCCUCGUCUAUGGGUGUCAUGCUGCUGCUCAAACUGCUGCGCGGCAUCAUAUUCGUCAAGGUAAAAGAUCAGAUUGUUUGUUAUGUCUGGUAUUGUGUGUUUGCGUAUGACACCAGGGAGUUUUCUCCAAUGGACUGAUGGAUGAAUCUUAAUAGACUAAACUACCAAACUAAAAUAGAUCAUGUAUAAAGUAUAUUAAACAAAAAUAUAAGAGUUUUACUGAAUUACAGUUCAUUUAAGGAAAUCAGUCAAUCGAAAUGAAUUAAUUAGGCCCUAAUCUGUGGAUUUCUCAUGACUGGGAAUACAGAUAUGCAUCUGUUGGUCACAGAUACCUUUAAAAAAAGGUAGGGGCGUGGAUCAGAAAACCAGACAGUAUCUGGUGUCACCAAAAUCUGUAAAACAAAUCUUAACAGGCCCAUUGGCCGCCGGCCAUAUCAUCACCUUUAUUCAUUUUUAUUUGUAUAUAAAAAAAAUGUUUUGGUUUGUCAAUUUCAUCCAGCCCACCCAACUAAAAAAAUGUCCAGCCCAUCUGGCAUUUGCCAGAAUUGCCAGAUGCCUAAUCUGCCCCUGCACCUUCAUAUGUAUUGUUAUUAUAUUAAUUAAUCAAUGAGUCCGUUAUGUCUCCUCAGAUCGGUCACAGAUCAGAAAACCAGUCAGUAUCUGGUGUGACCACCAUUUGACCCAUGCAGCGCGACACAUCUCCUUCGCAUAGAGUUGAUCAGGCUGUUGAUUGUAGCCUGUGGAAUGUUGUCCCACUCCUCUUCAAUGGCUGUGCGAAGUUGCUGGAUUUUGUCGGGAACUGGAAGACUCUAUUGUACGUGUCGAUUCAGAGCAUCCCAAACAAUGGGUGACAUGUCUGGUCAGUAUGCAGGCCAUGGAAGAACUGGGAAAUGUUCAGCUUCCAGGAAUUGUGUACAGAUCCUUGCGAAAUGGGGCUGUGCAUUAUCAUGCUGAAACAUGAGGUGAUGGCGGCGGAUGAAUGGCACGACAAUGAAUCUCAUCACAGUAUCUCUGCACAUUCAAAUUUCGAUCAAUAAAAUGUUGUGUUAGUUGUCCGUAGUUUAUGCCUGCCCAUACCAUAACCCCACCGCCACCAUGGGGCAUUCUGUUCACAACGUUGACAUCAGCAAACCGCUCGCCAACACGACACCAUACAUGCUGUCUGCCAUCUACCCGGUACAGUUGAAACCGGGAUUCAUCCGUGAAGCGCACACUUCUCCAGCAUCCCAAUGGCCAUCAAAGGUGAGCAUUUUCUCACUGAAGUCUGUUACGACGCCGAAUUGCAGUCAAGUCAAGACCCUGGUGAGGACGACGAGCACUUCGGUUGUGCAAACCCACGGUUUUAUCAGCUGUCCGGGUGGCUGGUCUCAGACAAUCCCGCAGGUGAAGAAGCCAGAUGUGGAGGUCCUGGGCUGGCGUGGUUACACGUGGUCUGCGGUUGUGAGGCCGGUUGGAUGUACUGCCAAAUUCUCUAAAAUUAUGUUGGAGGUGGCUUAUGGUAGAGAAAUGAACAAUCAAUUCUCUGGCAACAGCUCUGGUGGACAUUCCUGCAGUCAGCAUGCCAAUUGCACGCUCCCUCAACUUGAGACAUCUGUGAUGUUGUGUGACAAAACUGCAAAUGUUUGUGGCCUUUUGUCCCCAGCACAAGGUGCACCUGUGUAAUGAUCAUGUUAUUUAAUCACCUGUCAAGUGGCUGGAUUAUCUUGGCAAAGGAGAAAUGCUCACUAACAAGGAUGUUAACACAUUUGUGCACAAUUUGAGAGAAAUAAGCUUUUAUUUCAGCUCAUGAAACAUGGGACCAACACUUGUACGUGUUGCGUUUUAUAUUUUUGUUCAGUGUAGUAUGGGCACAUCUGUAUAUGUCUAUAAAACAUUUGAGCUAUGUGAUAUAGAAAAAGUGUUGCUUUAAAAAUCCCAAAAUAAAGUGACUACUAUUAUUGUACCCUCAGGGCACUUUGCAGGCUUCGUCCAGGCUGCACGAGGAGCUCUUCCGGAAGAUUCUCCGCAGCCCCAUGAAGUUCUUUGACACCACGCCAACCGGACGGAUCCUCAACCGCUUCUCUAAAGACAUGGAUGAGGGUAUGGUGCGAUCCUCUGACACCUGGGUUGUGUUCAUUAGGAACCAAAUGGAAGAAAACCGACUGAAACAGGGAGGGAAUACCUGGAGGUGCCUAAUGAACACAACCCUAUUGUACUGUACGAAUCUACAAACAGCAAAUUAAAAAGCAUAACACUUAAAAGCAUAGUUCGGGAUUUGGCAGUCAGAUAAACUUCAGGAUACCAUUUUUAUGUCUCUGCGUCCAAUAUGAAGGAAGUUAGAGGUAGUUUCCCGAGCCAAUGCUAACUAGUGUUAGUACAAUGACUGGAAGUCUACAACAGGGUUAUCAACCGGGGCUACUGCAGGGGGUCCGCAAAAAAAGUAAUAUAUUUAUUUUUUAUUUAUUUUACCUUUAUUUAACUAGGCAAGUUAAGAAGAAAUUCUUAUUUACAAUGACGGCCUACACCGGCCAAACCCGGACGACGAUGGGCCAAUUGUGCGCCGCCCUAUGGGACUCCCAAUCACGGGCGGUUGUGAUACAGCCUGGACACCUACUCAUUCAAGGGAUUUUCUUUAUUUUUAGUUUUUUUACAUUAUAGAAUAAUAGGGAAGACCUCAAAACUAUGAAAUAACACAUAUCGAAUCAUUUAGUAACCAAAAAUGUGUUAAACAAAUCAAAAUAUAUUUUGCCUUGAUGACAGCUUUGCACACUCUUGGCAUUCUCUCAACCAGCUUCAUGAGGUAGUCACCUUGAAUGCAUUUCAAUUAACAGAUGUGCCUUCUUAAAAGUUAAUUUGUGGAAUUUCUUUCCUCAAUGCGUUUGAGCCAAUCAGUUGUGUUGUGAUAAGGGAGAGGGGGUAUACAGAAGAUAGUCUUAUUUGGUAAAAGACCAAGUCCAUAUUAUGGCAAGAACAGCUCAAAUAAGCAAAGAGAAACAACAGUCCAUCAUUACUUGAAGACAUUGUCUAUCAAUCUUUGAAAGUUUCAUCAAGUGCAGUCGCAAAAACCAUCAAGCGCUAUGAUGAAACUGGCUCUGAUGAGGACAGCCACAGGAAUGGAAGACCCAGAGUUACCUCUGCUGCAGACGAUAAGUUAAUUAGCGUUAACUGCACCUCAGAUUGCAGCCCAAAUAAAUGCUUCACAGAGUUCAAGUAACAGACACAUCUCAACAUCAACUGUUCAGAGGAGACUGCGUGAAUCAGGCCACUACUAAAGGACACCAAUAAGAAGAAGAGCUUGCUUGGGCCAAGAUACACAAGCAAUGGACAUUAGACCGGUGGAAAUCUGUCCUUUGGUCUGAUGAGUCCAAAUGUUAGAUUUUUGGUUCCAACUGCCGUGUCUUUGUGAGACGAAGAGUAGGUGAACGGAUGAUCUCCGCAUAUGUGGUUCCCACCGUGAAUCAUGGAGGAGGAAGUGUGAUGGUGCUUUGCUGGUGACAUUGUGUGUGAUUUAUUUAGAAUUCAAGGCACACUUAACCAGCAUGGCUACCACAGCAUUCUGCAGCGAUACGCCAUCCCAUCUGGUUUGCGCUAAGUGGGACUAUCAUUUGUUUUUCAACAGACCCAAAACACACCUCUAGGCUGUGUAAAGGGCAAUUUGACCAAGGAGAGUGAUGGAGUGCUGCAUCAGAUGACCUGGCCUCCACAAUCACCCGACCUCAACCCAAUUGAGAUGGUUUGGGAUGAGUCGGACCGCAGAGUGAAGGAAAAGCAGCCAACAAGAGCUCAGCAUAUCAAGACUGUUGGAAAAGCAUUCCAGGUGAAGCUGGUUGAGAGAAUGCCAAGAGUGUGCAAAGCUUUCAUCAAGGCAAAGGGUGGCUACUUUGAAGAAUCUCAAAUCUAAAAUAUAUUUUGAUUUGUUUAACACUUUUUUUGGUUACUACAUGAUUCCAUAUGUGCUAUUUCAUAGUUUUGAGUCUUCACUAUUAUUCUACAAUGUAGGAAAUAGUAAAAAUAAAGAAAAACCCUGGAAUGAGUAGGUGUGUCCAAACUUUUGACUGGUACUAUACAUAUAUACAGUGCCUUCGGAAAGUAUUCAGACCCCUUGACUUUUCAUAUUUUGUUACGUUACAGCCUUAUUCAAAAACGGAUGAACUCGUUUUUUUCUCAUCAAUCUACACACAAAACCCCAUAAUGACGAAGCAAAAACAGAUUUUUAGAAAUGUUAGCAAAUGUGUUAAAAAUAAAAAAACUGAUAUUACAUUUACAUAAGUAUUCAGACCCUUUACUCAGUACUUUGUUAAAGCACCUUUGGCAGCGAUUACAGCCUCUAGUCUUCUACUUUGGUAUGACGCUACAAGCUUGGCACACCUGUAUUUGGGGAUUCUUCCAUUCUUCUCUGCAGAUCCUCUCAAGCUCUGUCAGGUUGGAUGGGGAGCGUCGCUGCACAGCUAUUUUCAGGUCUCUCCAGAGAUGUUCGAUCGGGUUCAAGUCCGGGCUCUGGCUGGGCCACUCAAGGACAUUCAGAGACGUGUCCCAAAGCCACUCCUGCGUUUUCUUGGCUGUGUGCCUAGGGUCGUUGUCCUUUUGGAAGGUGAACCUUCACCCCAGUCUGAGGUCCUGAGCGCUCUGGAGCAGGUUUUCAUCAAGGAUAUCUCUGUACUUUGCUCCGUUAAUCUUUGCCUCGAUCCUGACUAGUCUCCCAGUCCCUUCCGCUGAAGAACAUCCCCACAGCAUGAUUCUGCCACCACCAUGCUUCACCGUAGCAUGAGACGGAGUCUACAACCCACACAAGUGGCUCAGGUAAUGCAGCUCAUCCAGGAUGGCACAUCAAUGCGAGCUGUGGCAAGAAGGUUUGCUGUGUCUGUCAGCGUAGUGUCCAGAGCAUGGAGGCGCUACCAGGAGACAGGCCAGUACAUCAGGAGACGUGGAGGAGGCCGUAGGAGGGCAACAAUUCAGCAGCAGGACUGCUACCUCCGCCUUUGUGCAAGGAGGAGCAGGAGGAGCACUGCCAGAGCCCUGCAAAAUGACCUCCAGCAGGCCACAAAUGUGCAUGUGUCUGCUCAAACGGUCAGAAACAGACUCCAUGAGGGUGGUAUGAGGGCCCGACGUCCACAGGUGGGGGUUGUGCUUACAGCUCAACACCGUGCAGGACGUUUGGCAUUUGCCAGAGAACACCAAGAUUGGCAAAUUCGCCACUGGCGCCCUGUGCUCUUCACAGAUGAAAGCAGGUUCACACUGAGCACGUGACAGACGUGACAGAGUCUGGAGACGCCGUGGAGAAAGUUCUGCUGCCUGCAACAUCCUCCAGCAUGAUCGGUUUGGCGGUGGGUCAGUCAUGGUGUGGGGUGGCAUUUCUUUGGGGGGCCACACAGCCCUCCAUGUGCUCGCCAGAGGUAGCCUGACUGCCAUUAGGUACAGAGAUGAGAUCCUCAGACCCCUUGUGAGACCAUAUGCUGGUGCGGUUGGCCCUGGGUUCCUCCUAAUGCAAGACAAUGCUAGACCUCAUGUGGCUGGAGUGUGUCAGCAGUUCCUGCAAGAGGAAGGCAUUGAUGCUAUGGACUUGCCCGCCUGUUCCCCAGACCUGAAUCCAAUUGAGCACAUCUGGGACAUCAUGUCUUGCUCCAUCCACCAACCCCACGUUGCACCACAGACUGUCCAGGAGUUGGCGGAUGCUUUAGUCCAGGUCUGGGAGGAGAUCCCUCAGGAGACCAUCCGCCACCUCAUCAGGAGCAUGCCCAGGCGUUGUAGGGAGGUCAUACAGGCACGUGGAGGCCACACACACACUACUGAGCCUCAUUUUGACUUGUUUUAAGGACAUUACAUCAAAGUUGGAUCAGCCUGUAGUGUGGUUUUCCACUUUAAUUUUGAGGGUGACUCCAAAUCCAGACCUCCAUGGGUUGAUACAUUUGAUUUCCAUUGAUAAUUUAUGUGUGAUUUUGUUGUCAGCACAUUCAACUAUGUAAAGAAAAAAGUAUUUAAUAAGAUGAUUUCAUUCAUUCAGAUCUAGGAUGUGUUAUUUUAGUGUUCCCUUAAUUUUUUUGAGCAGUGUAUGUAUGUGUAUAUAUAUAUAUAUAUAUAUAUAUAUAUAUAUAUAUAUUUGUGUGUAUGUAUAUAUGUGUGUGUAUGUAUGUACAGUGGGGAGAACAAGUAUUUGAUACACUGCCGAUUUUGCAGGUUUUCCUACUUACAAAGUAUGUAGAGGUCUGUCAUUUUUAUCAUAGGUACACUUCAACUGUGAGAGACGCAAUCUAAAACAAAAAUCCAGAAAAUCACAUUGUAUGAUUUUUAAGUAAUUAAUUUGCUUUUUAUUGCAUGACAUAAGUAUUUGAUACAUCAGAAAAGCAGAACUUAAUAUUUGGUACAGAAACCUUUGUUUGCAAUUACAGAGAUCAUACGUUUCCUGUAGGUCUUGACCAGGUUUGCACACACUGCAGCAGGGAUUUUGGCCCACUCCUCCAUACAGACCUUCUCCAGAUCCUUCAGGUUUCGGGGCUGUCGCUGGACAAUACAGACUUUCAGCUCCCUCCAAAGAUUUUCUAUUGGGUUCAGGUCUGGAGACUGGCUAGGCCACUCCUUAGAUGCUUCUUACGGAGCCACUCCUUAGUUGCCCUGGCUGUGUGUUUCGGGUCGUUGUCAUGCUGGAAGACCCUGCCACGACCCAUCUUCAAUGCUCUUACUGACGGAAAGAGGUUGUUGGCCAAGAUCUCGCGAUACAUGGCCCCUUCCAUCCUCCCCUCAAUACGGUGCAGUCGUCCUGUCCCCUUUGCAGAAAAGCAUCCCCAAAGAAUGAUUUUUCCACCUCCAUGCUUCACGGUUGGGAUGGUGUUCUUGGGGUUGUACUCAUCCUUCUUCUUCCUCCAAACACGGCGAGUGGAGUUUAGACCAAAAAGCUCUAUUUUUGUCUCAUCAGACCACAUGACCUUCUCCCAUUCCUCCUCUGGAUCAUCCAGAUGGUCAUUGGCAAACUUCAGACGGGCCUGGACAUGCGCUGGCUUGAGCAGGGGGACCUUGCGUGCGCUGCAGGAUUUUAAUCCAUGACGGCGUAGUGUGUUAGUAAUGGUUUUCUUUGAGACUGUGGUCCCAGCUCUCUUCAGGACAUUGACCAGGUCCUGCCGUGUGGUUCUGGGCUGAUCCCUCACCUUCCUCAUGAUCAUUGAUGCCCCACGAGGUGAGAUCUUGCAUGGAGCCCCAGACCGAGAGUGAUUGACCGUCAUCUUGAACUUCUUCCAUUUUCUAAUAAUUGCGCCAACAGUUGUUGCCUUCUCACCAAGCUGCUUGCCUAUUGUCCUGUAGCCCAUCCCAGCCUUGUGCAGGUCUACAAUUUGAACCCUGAUGUCCUUACACAGCGCUCUGGUCUUGGCCAUGGUGGAGAGGUUGGAGUCUGUUUGAUUGAGUGUGUGGACAGGUGUCUUUUAUACAGGUAACGAGUUCAAACGGGUGCAGUUAAUACAGGUAAUGAGUGGAGAACAGGAGGGCUUCUUAAAGAAAAACUAACAUGUCUGUGAGAGCCGGAAUUCUUACUGGUUGGUAGGUGAUCAAAUACUUAUGUCAUGCAAUAAAAUGCAAAUUAAUUACUUUAAAAUCAUACAAUGUGAUUUUCUGGAUUUUUGUUUUAGAUUCCGUCUCUCACAGUUGAAGUGUACCUAUGAUAAAAAUUACAGACCUCUACAAAAAAUCGGCAGUGUAUCAAAUACUUGUUCUCCCCACUGUGUGUGUGUGUAUAUAUAUAUAUAUAUGUGUAUAUAUAUAUACACACACACACACACACACACACAGUGGAUAUAAAAAGUCUACACACCCCUGUUAAAAUGCCAGGUUUUUGUGAUGUAAAAGCAUGAGACAAAGAUAAAUCAUGUCAGAACUUUUUCCACCUUUAAUGUGACCUAUAACGUGAACAAUUCAAUUGAAAAAUCUUUGAGGGGGAAAAAUAAAAAAUAUUCAUAAUAACCUGGUUGCAUAAGUGUGCACACCCUUAAACUAAUACUUUGUUGAAGCACCUUUUGAUUUUAUUACAGCAUUCAGUCUUUUUGGAUAGGAGUCUAUUAGCAUGGCACAUCUUGAUGUGGCAAUAUCUGCCCACUCUUCUUUGCAAAAGCGCUCCAAAUCUGUCAGAUUGCGAGGUCAUCUCCUGUGCACAGCCCUCUUCACAUCACCCCAGAGAUGUUCAAUUGGAUUCAGGUCUGGGCUCUGGCUGGGCCAUUCCAAAACGUUAAUCUUCUUCUGGUGAAGCCAUGCUUUUGUGGAUUUGGAUGUGUGCUUUGGGUUGUUGUCGUGCUGAAAGGUGAACUCCCUCUUCAUUUUCAGCUUUCUAACGGACGCCGGUUUUGUGCCAAAAAUGCCUGGUAUUUGGAACUGUUAAUAAUCUUUCUAUUUAUUUUUUAUUUAUUUUUUGUUAUUUAGCAUACACACACACAUACAUAUAUAUACCAUCUGUCUUUUCUCUUCCUCCCUCCCAGUGGACACACGGCUGCCGUUCCAGGCAGAGAUGUUCAUCCAGAACGUCAUCCUGGUCUUCUUCUGCCUGGGCGUGAUCGGCAGCAUCUUCCCCUGGUUCCUAGUGGCUGUGGGCCCCCUGGUGCUGCUCUUCACCAUGCUCCACAUGGUGUCGCGCGUGUUCAUCCGCGAGCUCAAGCGCCUGGACAACGUCACCCAGUCGCCCUUCGUCUCGCACAUCACCUCCAGCAUCCAGGGCCUCUCCACCAUCCACGCCUACAACAGGGGCCACGAGUUCCUGGACAGGUGAGCCGUCGAGGUGUAGGGUGAAGUUGCCUCUAGACACUGAUCUUGGGUCAGUUUGACAUUUUCCCCACUAAUGGUUAAAGGGAUAGUUUGGGAUUUUGGCAAUGAUGCCCUUUAUCUACUUCCCCAGAGUCAGAUGAUGUGGAUACCAUUUUUAUGUCUCUGUGUCCAGUAUGAAGGAAGUUGGAGGUAGUUUCGCGAGCCAAUGUUAACUAGCUUAGCGCUAAGACUGGAAAUCUUUGGGUACAGUUAGCAUUGAUAGCGCUAAUGCUAGUUAACAUUGGGUCGCAAAACUAUCUUCCUUCAUACCAGAGAUGUCGAGUCACGUGACUUGGACUGAAGUAUUACUGGAGUCGCAAAAUUUGCGACUUUACUUGGCGGAAAGAAAACGCACUUGCCACUCGAUUUUGACUUGAGCGUCUAUGAUUCGUGACUUAACUUGAGCUGUAUGACUCAAGAGAUUCUAGCUAAAGUGAGGUAAUGUUCUCUAACUUACUAGCUUGCAAUGGCUCCCCCUACCAUUUGUGUCUGAAGUGGACAGCAAGUUUAGGAUUUUUGUUUUUAACAUCCCUAUCUAGGCCUACUAUAAUAUAUUUUUAAAAUAGAAAUGUAUCUAAAUACAUAGAUAAUUACCUACUGAAUAAUAUCAGGGCCCUUAAAUAUGUGCAUUCAUGAAUUCAACAAAAAAUAUGGUGAGAUGGAGAUUUUUUAAAGUCUUUUUUUAAUCGUAUUUUAUAAUUUUGAUGAAUACCAGAAGAGCGAGAUGAUCAGCAGCCUCACAUUUUCCAACUCUGUACAACACAAACCAUCCACAGCAAAAAUCUAUCACCAACUCUGUACAACACAAACCAUCCACAGCAAAAAGCUAUCACCAACUCUGUACAACACAAACCAUCCACAGUAAAAAGCUAUCACCAACUCUGUACAACACAAACCAUCCACAGCAAAUAGCUAUCACCAACUCUGUACAACACAAACCAUCCACAGCAAAAAGCUAUCACCAACUCUGUACAACACAAACCAUCCACAGCAAAAAGCUAUCACCAACUCUGUACAACACAAACCAUCCACAGCAAAAAGCUAUCACCAAUUCCAUAAUGUCAGACCCGAUUGUGGAUUGCAACAUGCCCCUGUCCAUCGUUGAACACAUGCGCUUCCGUCACUUUUUGUCAGUGGUUGAUAGCAAAUACGCCCCAGUGUGUUGCAGAGCCAUAACCUCCAAGAUUGACAACAGUCAGACAAAACUCAGGCCGGAUGACACAAGCAUCUCUGUCAUGGUAGACAUAUGAUCUGACAGAAAGAUGAGUCACCGCCCACUGGACUGAAAGUGCAAUCUGCUGGCAUGUAACCGCUUUAGAGGAUCACACAUGGGAGCAAAUAUGUGAGCAGUUUGUGGGCAUCUGUGACUAGUAUGGGAUCAAACACAAGCUAGAUUACAUUAUGUGACAAUGCAGCUAACAUGAAAAAGGUGUUCAGUGUGCUUCCCAAGUGAAGAAGAAGAGGCUGUCCAUGAUGAUCCAGACAUAUGGAAUAACCUGGAAGUUGAAGAACAGGAGACCAUCGACACUACUUUGGGUAAAAAUGGUAAACAACAACGUUUAGUGUUUUGCACAUACAGUAUCUCACAAGUGAGUACACCCCUCACAUUUUUGUAAAUAUUUGAGUAUAUCUUUUCAUGUGACAAUACUGAAGAAAUGACACUUUGCUACAAUGUAAAGUAGUGAGUGUACAGCUUGUAUAACAGUGUAAAUUUGCUGUCCCCUCAAAAUAACUCAACACACAGCCAUUAAUGUCUAAACCGCUGGCAACAAACGUGAGUACACCCCUAAGUAAAAAUGUCCAAAUUGGGCCCAAUUAUCAAUUUUCCCUCCCCACUGUCAUGUGACUCAUUAGUGUUACAAGGUCUCAGGUGUGAAUGGGGAGCAGGUGUGUUAAAUUUGGUGUCAUCGUUCUCACACAUCCUCAUACUGGUCACUGGAAGUUCAACAUGGCACCUCAUGGCAAAGAACUCUCUGAGGAUCUGAAAAAAAGAAUUGUUGCUCUACAUAAAGAUGGCCUGGGCUAUAAGUAGAUUGCCAAGACCCUGAAACUGAGCUGCAGCACGGUGGCCAAGACCAUACAGCGGUUUAACAGGACAGGUUCCACUCAGAACAGGCCUCGCCAUGGUCGACCAAAGAAGUUGAGUGCACGUGCUCAACGUCAUAUCCAGAGGUUUUCUUUGGGAAAUAGACGUAUGAGUGCUGCCAGCAUUGCUGCAGAGGUUGAAGGGGUGGGGGGUUAGCCUGUCAGUGCUCAGACCAUAUGCCGCACACUGCAUCAAAUUGGUCUGCAUGGCUGUCAUCCCAGAAGGAAGCCUCUUCUAAAGAUGAUGCACAAGAAAGCCAGCAAACAGUUUACUGAAGACAAGCAGACUAAGUACAUGGAUUACUGGAACCAUGUCCUGUGGUCUGAUGAGACCAAGAUAAACUUAUUUGGUUCAGAUGGUGUCAAGCAUGUGUGGCGGCAACCAGGUGAGAAGUACAAAGACAAGUGUGUCUUGCCUACAGUCAAGCAUGGUGGUGGGAGUGUCAUGGUCUGGGGCUGCAUUAAUGGCUGUGUGUUAUGUUAUUUUGAGGGGACAGCAAAUUUACACUGUUAUACAAGCUGUACACUCACUACUUUACAUUGUAGCAAAGUGUCAUUUCUUCAGUGUAUCUUACAUGAAAAUAUAUACUCAAAUAUUUACUAAAAUGUGAGGGGUAUACUCACUUUUGUGAGAUACUGUACAUUGCAACUAGUGGUGGGGGAUGGGUUGAAGGAGACUUGAGGUGUCAGUCCUGCUCAUUCCAAAGUGUCUAAGAUUAGCUCAUUGCCCCACACUAGCACCCAUUUAAAAAAGGCGUUUGAGGGUGAGUUUGGAGUGAGGAGAAUUCCUGCUGCAGUGAACACACACAGGAACUCCCACCGAGGCAGGUGAGAGCAGUGUUUCAUUGCGACUACCUGAAGGUGUCGGGCGCUGGAAGAGUGGGCAUAAGGAAUUCAUAUUUUCAUUGAGAGUGUGGAAACUACUGAAAGAGUUGGGCGACAUUCUUCGGCCUUUUGCAGUGCCUGCUUAAUGUGGAGUGUGUGUUCAGCCAUGAAAAAUCGUACUGCGGCCCCAUCGCUCACAAACGGGUGAUACUCUUGGCAAAUGUUGAUCCUUUGCAAAAGCAAUGCAUUGCAAGAGAAAGGAAAUUCAUGAUGAUAAUGUAGCGUAAAAGUAAUUAGAGGACAUACAAUGGCUGCUCUGAAGUUUGCACUUGUUUUUUAUUGUAUAGUCAUGCAGAAAUCAAACUUGUUAAACUUUAGAGCCUUAAGAGGUAGCUCAGUUGGUAGAGCAUGGCGUUUGCAACGCCAGGGUUGUGGGUUCGAUUCCCAUGGGGUAUGAAAAUUAAAAAGAAUAAUGUAUGCACUAACUGUAAGUCGCUCUGGAUAAGAGCGUCUGCUAAAUGAUGUAAAUGAAAUGUAAAUGACGACUAAAAGUAUUGUCAUUGGUGCCAAUUGUAUGGCCUUUCUAUCAGUAAAAGUAAUAGAAAAAAAAACAUUUCUAACAUGAUCUUUGACUCAAGUUUAUUAUGUAGUGUACUAGUAGUGUAAAAAAAAUAUGCUUUUAAAUUUGCAUUAAACACUUAACCGUUGACUUGAAGACUCGAAACUCUUGCUCAUAAUGGGCAAGUCUUUACUUGAGACUUGCCCAUUAUUACUUGGGACUUGAAUCGAGACUCGAAGGUUAAAACUUGAUUUACUUAGGACUUGCAAAAUUGUGACUUGGUCCCAUCUCUGCUUCAUACUGGACGCAGAGAUAUAUAAAAAUAGUAUCACGAGUUCAUCUGACUGGGGAGUAAAUAAAGGGCUUCAUUGCCAAACUCCCGAGCUAUCCCUUUAAGGUUUUGUGGGGAGGGGAAGCUAAUCCUAGAUCUGUACUGGAAAACAUGCUCCACCAAACCCCUCGGAUCAGUCUCGUUAAAGAUGCACUAUGGGAGUUUAGUCUAAUUGUUUAUGUCAUAUGUUCGCAUCAUAUAUGAUGUCAUAUUAAUCCAUGUAUUAUCUCAUGAAAUCACACAUCCUCUGUUCUAGGCAAACAAUAUAUAAUAAUACACUUUUGUUAAUGAGUGUGGGUAGGCUUUACCCUUUCUUUACAGUGAGGUCAUUUAUGUCUCUUCUGUCCAUUUAGGGGACCACUUUUGGCUCAAGAGCACCCCCAGAGACAAAGUUCCAUAUAGCCCCUUUCAAGUAUCCUAGUUCCUUGAUGGCUAAAGCAAGAAACCAAGCAUCCAAAAGUUGUACUUUUUCCUCAAGCUUCCCGUCUGUUGUGGUCUCCAGGUAUCAGGAGCUCCUGGAUCAGAACCAGGCUCCUUUCUACCUGUUCAGCUGUGCCAUGCGCUGGCUGGCUGUGCGGCUGGACGUCAUCAGUGUGGCUCUGAUCAGCAUCACAGCGCUCAUGAUAGUCCUCAUGCAUGGCCAGAUCCCCCCGGCCUACGCUGGCCUGGCCAUCUCCUACGCCGUGCAGGUCAGUGCCUCUCCUUUGAAGAAAUCCCUCGCUACGGGGGGAAUCUUAACUUCCACUUAAAUGUGUUAGAUGCUAGCUAGCUAAAAAUCAAUUGGGAAUCAAGGGGGCUUCCGUACAAUUUUCCAAAUGUCAUGGCCUUUUCUUUUUUACAUUGCACUGAUGCCCGUAUCACUUCCAUUGAUUGUUAGCAAGCAGGGGCUAAAGUUUGUAGUGGCUGUUUUUAAGAAAACCGAACCAUGGAUUAUAGUUUCUCCUGGCCCAUAGACUACUUUCAGGUUGAGGACCCAUCUAACGAUUGUUCACUUAUUCAUGCAUUGAUGUCAAAGGUUGACUAAGUGAACAUUCAAAGUCAUAGUUAGGAUUUGCCCUUUAUUUUUUAAUUUUUCUACACAGAUAGUGUGACUCAGAGCAUGGUGCCAGCAAUUCUUAGGUUUUAGGUACACUCACUGUACUGUAAAUGGUUCAGGAUAAAAGUGUCUGCUUAAGUGGCAGAUAUAUUAUAAAAUACAUGCUUUUCUCUUACCACCCCAGCUCUCCUCUACCUUCUUCCCCUCACUUUUCUCUUCACUUACCAGUAGUAGCAGUAGUAGUAGUUAUUGUUAUUAGAAUUAUUAGUAUUAUUAUUAGUAGUAGUAUUAUCCGUAUUAUUACCAGUAUUAUUAUUAUUUGUAUUACCAGUAUUAUUCUUUGUAUUAUUAUGAUUGGUAUUACCAUUAUUAUUAGUAGUAGUAGUAUUAUUAGUAUUAUUAUUAUUAGUAUUAUUAUUAUUAGUAGUAGUAGUAGUAUUACCAUUAUUAGUAGUAUUGGUAUUAUUAGUAUUAUUAGUGUUAUUAUUAUCAGUAUUAUUAAUAUUAGUGUUAUUAUUAGUGUUAUUAUUAUUAUCAGUAUUAGUGUUAUUGGUGUUAACAUUAGUAAUAUUAUUAGUAUUAUUAUUAGCAAUGUUAUUAUUAUAAUUAGUAUUAUUAGUAAUAGUAUUAGUAAUAAUAUUAUUAGUAUUAUUGGUAGUAGUAUUAAUGUUAUUAUUAUUAUUCGCGUUAUUAGUAUUAUUAUUAGUAUUAUUUGUAUUAGUAUUAUUAUUUGUGUUAUUAGUAUUGAUAUCAUUAGUAUUAGUAUCAGCAGUAUUGGUAGUAUUAUCAGUAGUAUUAGUAUCCACAUUAUUAGUGUUAGUAUUAUUGGUAGUAUUAUUAGUAUUAGUAUCAGUAGUAUUAGUAGUAUUAUCAUUAGUAUUAGUAGUAUUAUUAUUGGUAGUAUCAGUAGUAAUAGUAUUGGUCGUAGUAUCAGUAGUAUCAUUAGUAUUAGUAUUAUUGGUAGUAUUAGUAUCAGUAGUAUUAGUAUUUAUAGUAGUAUCAGUAUUAUUGGUAGUAUUAUCAGUAGUAUUAGAAUUAGUAUCAGUAUUAUUGGUAGUAUUAUCAGUAUUAUUAGUAUCAGUAGUAGUAUCAGUAGUAUUGGUAGUAGUAUCAGUAGUAUUAGUAUCAGUAGUAUUAGUAUUAUUGGUAGUAUUAGUAUUAUUGGUAGUAUUAUCAGUAUUAUCUUGCUCCCUUUGCUCUCUUUUAAUUCCUCUAUCUCCUCCUCCUCCACUUUCCCAUCCAUUCCUCACUCAUCUUUCCCUUGGUUGGUUGUUAUAUUUCUAAACAGAGCUGCGUGGAUCUAUUAUAUGGCAUGACAAAGCAUGUAAUACAUACUUAUUAGAAACUUGAUUAAAAGAGGACAUGGUUACAGUACUAUAGAUGACUUUAAUACAGUUGAAGUCGGAAGUUUACAUACACUUAGAUUGGAGUCAUUAAAACUCGUUUUUCAACCACUCCACAAAUUUCUUCUUAACAAACUAGAGUUUUGGCAAGUCGGUUAGGACAUCAACUUUGUGCAUGACACAAGUAAUUUUCUCCAACAAUUGUUUACAGACAGAUUAUUUCACUUAUAAUUCACUGUAUCACAAUUCCAGUGGGUCAGAAGUUUACAUACACUAAGUUGACUGUGCCUUUAAACAGCUUGGAAAAUUCCAGAAAAUGAUGUCAUGGCUUUAGAAGCUUCUGAUAGGCUAAUUGACAUCAUUUGAGUCAAUUGGAGGUGUACCUGUGGAUGUAUUUCAAGACCUACCUUAAAACUCAGUGCCUCUUUGCUUGACAUCAUGGGAAAAUCAAAAGAAAUCAGCCAAGACCUCAGAAAAAGAAUUGUAGACCUCCACAAGUCUGGUUCAUCCUUCGGAGCAAUUUCCAAAUGCCUGAAGGUACCACGUUCAUCUGUACAAACAAUAGUAUGCACAUAUAAACACCAUGGGACCAUGCAGCCGUCAUACCGCUCAGGAAGGAGACGCGUUCUGCCUCCUAGAGAUGAACAUCAUUUGGUGCGAAAAGUGCAAAUCAAUCCCAGAACAACAGCAAAGGACCUUGUGAAGAUGCUGGAGGAAACAGGUACAAAAGUGUCUAUAUCCACUGUAAAACGACUCCUAUGUCGACAUAACCUGAAAGGCCGCUCAGCAAAGAUCUGGUCUCCUGAGUGGCGCAGUGGUCUAAGGCACUGCAUCGCAGUGCUAACUGUGCCACUAGAGAUUCUGGUUCGAAUCCAGGCUCUGUCGCAGCCGGCCGCGACCGGGAGACUCAUGGGCGGCGCACAAUUGGCCCAGCGUCGUCCAGGGUAGGGGAGGGAAUGGCCGGCAGGGAUGUAGCUCAGUUGAUAGAGCAUGGCGUUUGCAACGCCAGGGUUGUGGGUUCGAUUCCCACGGGGGGCCAGUAUAAUAAAAUAUGUAUUCACUAACUGUAAGUCGCUCUGGAUAAGAGCGUCUGCUAAAUGACUAAAAUGUAAAUGUAAAUGUAAAGAAGCCACUGCUCCAAAACCUCCAUAAAAAAGCCAGACUACUGUACGCAACUGCACAUGGGGACAAAGAUCUUACUUUUUGGAGAAAUGUCCUCUGGUCUGAUGAAACAAAAAUUUGAACUGUUUGGCCAUAAUGACCAUCGUUAUGUUUGAAGGAAAAAGGGGUUAGCUUGCAAGCCGAAGAACACCAUCCCAACCGUGAAGCACGGGGGUGGCAGCAUCAUGCUGUGGGGGUGCUUUGCUGCAGGAGGGAAUGGUGCACUUCACAAAAUAGAUGGCAUCAUGAGGAAGGAAAAUUAUGUUGAUAUAUUGAAGCAACAUCUCAAGACAUCAGUCAGGAAGUUAAAGCUUGGUCGCAAAUGGGUCUUCCAAAUGGACAAUGACCCCAAGCAUACUUCCAAAGUUGUGGCAAAAUGGCUUAAGGACAACAAAGUCAAGGUAUUGGAGUGGCCAUCACAAAGCCCUGACCUCAUUCCUAUAGAAAAUGUGUGGGCAGAACAGAAAAGGCGUGUGCGAGCAAGGAGGCCUACAAACCGGACUCAGUUACACCAGCUCUGUCAGGAGGAAUAGGCCAAAAUUCACCCAACUUAUUGUGGGAAGCUUGUGGAAGGCUACCCGAAACGUUUGACCCAAGUUUAACAAUUUAAAGGCAAUGCUACCAAAUGCUAAUUGAGGGUAUGUAAACUUCUGACCCACUGGAAUGUGAUGAAAGAAAUAAAAGCUGAAAUAAAUAAUUCUCUCUACUAUUAUUCUGACAUUUCACAUUCUUAAAAUAGUGGUGAUCCUAACUGACCUAAGACAGGGAAUGUUUACUAGGAUUAAAUGUCAGGAAUUGUGAAAAACUGAGUUUAAAUGUAUAUGGCUAAGGUGUAUGUAAACUUCCGACUUCAACUGUACAUAUAAUUGUAUAAAUAAUGUAUUAUCCCCCUCUCUCUCAGCUCACAGGGCUGUUCCAGUUCACAGUCAGACUAGCCUCUGAAACGGAGGCUCGCUUCACUUCUGUGGAGAGAAUUCACCACUACAUUGAGGUUACUGCUUUACUAAUACAUGCACUUUUACUGCAUAUGUUGUCUCACUAGGAAAUCCUAAGAAGACAGAGGUACUAUAGCUGAGGCCUGGAGUUUUUCAGAGUUACUUUAACUCCACAUUUCUAAGUAUUUUGGGCUGCAAUGUAUAUGUUUGAAAGGUGCUAAACAAUUGAAGUGCGGUAUUAUUAUGAUCAUGAACCCCAUCGCGGUUUCCCCUGCUCUCUCCCAGUCUCUAGCACUGGAGGCCCCGGCCCGCAUCAAGAACAAGGCGCCCCCGCCAGACUGGCCCCAGGAGGGCGAGGUGGUGUUUGACGGGACUGAGAUGAGAUACAGAGACAAUUUGCCGCUGGUUCUCAAGAAGUUGUCCUGCACCAUCCAGCCCAAGGAGAAAAUUGGCAUAGUGGGCCGGACGGGCUCAGGUCAGUGGAAACAGUCAGUGAAACAUCUCUCGAAGCCAUGUCCUGUUUGAUAAUGUAUCUGAAAAUCUUACCCGUGCAGUGGCUUGCGAAAGCAUUCACCCCCCUUGGCAUUUUUUCUAUUUUGUUGCCUUACAACCUGGAAUUAAAAUAGAUUUUUUGGGAGUUUGUAUCAUUUGAUUUACACAACAUGCCUACCAAUUUGAAGAUGCAAAAUAAAAAAAAUUGUGAAACAAACAAGAAAUAAGACAUAAAAACUGAACUUGAGCGUGCAUAACUAUUCACCCCCCCAAAGUCAAUACUUUGUAGAGCCACCUUUUGCAGCAAUUACAGCUGCAAGUCUCUUGGGGAAUGUCUCUAUAAGAUUGGCACUUUUAGCCACUGGGAUUUUUGCCCAUUCAAGGCAAAACUGCUCCAGCCCCUUCAAGUUGGAUGGGUUCCGCUGGUGUACAGCAAUCUUUAAGUCAUACCACAGAUUCUCAGUUGGAUUGAGGUCUGAGCUUUGACUAGGCCAUUCCAAGACAUUUAAAUGUUUCCCCUUAAACCACUUGAGUGUUGCUUUAGCAGUAUGAUUAGGGCUUUGUCCUGCUGGAAGGUGAAUCUCCGUCCUAGUCUCAAUUCUCUGGCAGGAUGAAUGAAAACACACAAAGAAAUUAUAAUAACUCAAACAGGUUUCCUUCAAUAAUUUCCCUGUAUUUAGCGCCAUCCGUCAUUCCUUCAAUUCUGACCAGUUUCCCAGUCCCUGCUGAUGAAAAGCAUCCCCACAGCAUGAGACUGCCACCACCAUGCUUCACUGUGGGGAUGGUGUUCUCGGGUGAUGAGAGGUGUUGGGUUUGCGCCAGACAUAGCGUUUUCCUUGAUGGCCAAAAAGCUCAAAUGUAGUCUCAUCUGACCAGAGUACCUCCUUCCAUAUGUUUAGGGAGUCUCCCACAUGCCUUUUUUUAAGCAAUGGCUUUUUUCUGUCCACUCUUCCGUAAAGCCCAGCUCUGUGGAGUGUACGGGUUAAAGUGGUCCUAUGGACAGAUACUCCAAUCUCCGCUGUGGAGCUUUGCAGCUCCUUCAGGGUUAUCUUUGGUCUCUUUGUUACCUCUGAUUAAUGCCCUCCUUGCCUGGUCCGUGAGUUUUGGUGGGCGGCCCUCUCUUGGCAGGUUUGUUGUGGUGCCAUAUUCUUUCCAUUUUUUAAUAAUGGAUUUAAUGGUGCUCUGUGGGAUGUUCAAAGUUUCUGAUAUUAUUUUAUAACCCAACCCUGAUCUGUACUUCUCCACAACUUUGUCCCUGACCUGUUUGGAGAGCUCCCUGGUCUUCAGGGUGCCGCUUGCUUGGUGGUGCCCUUUGCUUAGUGGUGUUGCAAACUCAGGGGCCUUUCAGAACAGGUGUAUAUACAGUGAGGGGAAAAAAGUAUUUGAUCCCCUGCUGAUUUUGUACAUUUACCCACUGACAAAGAAAUGAUCAGUCUAUAAUUUGAAUGGUAGGUUUAUUUGAACAGUGAGAGACAGAAUAACAACAACAAAAUCCAGAAAAACGCAUGUCAAAAAUGUUAUAAAUAGAUUUGCAUUUUAAUGAGGUAAAUAAGUAUUUGACCCCUCUGCAAAACAUGACUUAGUACUUGGUGGCAAAACCCUUGUUGGCAAUCACAGAUGUCAGACGUUUCUUGUAGUUGGCCACCAGGUUUGCACACAUCUCAGGAGGGAUUUUGUCCCCCUCCUCUUUGCAGAUCUUCUCCAAGUCAUUAAGGUUUCGAGUCUGAUGUUUGGCAACUUGAACCUUCAGCUCCCUCCACAGAUUUUCUAUGGGAUUAAGCUCUGGAGACUGGCUAGGCCACUCCAGGACCUUAAUGUGCUUCUUCUUGAGCCACUCCUUUGUGGCCUUGGCCGUGUGUUUUGGGUAAUUGUCAUGCUGGAAUACCCAUCCACGACCCAUUUUCAAUGCCCUGGCUGAGGGAAGGAGGUUCUCACCCAAGAUUUGACGGUACAUGGCCCCGUCCAUUGUCCCUUUGAUGCGGUGAAGUUGUCCUGUCCCCUUAGCAGAAAAACACCCCCAAAGCAUAAUGUUUCCACCUCCAUGGUGUUCUUGUGGGCAUAGGCAGCAUUCCUCCACCUCCAAACACGGCGUGAUGAGUUGAUGCCAAAGAGCUCGAUUUUGGUCUCAUCUGACCACAAUACUUUCACCCAGUUCUCCUCUGAAUCAUUCAGAUGUUCAUUGGUAAACUUCAGACGGGCCUGUAUAUGUGCUUUCUUGAGCAGGGGGACCUUGCGGGCGCUGCAGGAUUUCAGUCCUUCACGGCGUAGCGUGUUACCAAUUGUUUUCUUGGUGACUAUGGUCCCAGCUGCCUUGAGAUCAUUGACAAGAUCCUCCCGUGUAGUUCUGGGCUGAUUCCUCACCGUUCUCAUGAUCAUUGCAACUCCACGAGGUGAGAUCUUGCAUGGAGCCCCAGGCCGAGGGAGAUUGACAGUUCUUUUGUGUUUCUUCCAUUUGCGAAUAAUCACACCAACUGUUGUCACCUUCUCACCAAGCUGCUUGGCAAUGGUCUUGUAGCCCAUUCCAGCCUUGUGUAUGUCUACAAUCUUGUCCCUGACAUCCUUGGAGAGCUCUUUGGUCUUAGCCAUGGUGGAGAGUUUGGAAUUUGAUUGAUUGAUUGCUUCUGUGGACAGGUGUCUUUUAUACAGGUAACAAGCUGAGAUUAGGAGCACUCCCUUUAAGAGUGUGCUCCUAAUCUCAGCUCGUUACCUGUAUAAAAGACACCUGGGAGCCAGAAAUCUUUCUGAUUGAGAGGGGGUCAAAUACUUAUUUCCCUCAUUAAAAUGCAAAUCAAUUCAUAACAUUUUUGACAUGUGUUUUUCUGGAUUUCUUUGUUGUUAUUCUGUCUCUCACUGUUCAAAUAAACCUACCAUUCAAAUUAUAGACUGAUCAUUUCUUUGUCAGUGGGCAAACGUACAAAAUCAGCAGGGGAUCAAAUACUUUUUUCCCUCACUGUAUACUGAGAUCAUGUGACACUUAGAUUGCACACAGGUGUACUUUAUUUAACUAAUUAUGUGACUUCUGAAGGUAAUUGGUUGCACCAGAUCUUAUUUAGGGACUUCAUAGCAAAGGGGGUGAAUACAUAUGCACGCACCACUUUUCCGUAAAUUAUUUUUUAGAUUUUUUUUUUUUUAACUUAUUGUUUUCAUUUCACUUCACCAAUUUGGACAAUUUUGUGUAUGUCCAUUACAUGAAAUCCAAUUAAAAAUCUAUUUAAAUUACAGGUUGUAAUGCAACAAAAUAGAAAAAAAACUCCAAGGGGGAUGAAUACUUUUGCAAGGCACUGUAUAAUAUAAUCUCAUGUGUUUUAUAUCCAGGAACGAGGUCAAUUUCACUUAAUUCCUAUUGAAACCUACAUUUCUCUUUUAAAUGUCAUUUUCAAUUUGAAUGACUAGAACAGACAUUCCCAUUCAAGUCAAUGCCAUUCUGGUCUCUCGACCGACAUUCAUAAGCUGAGCUAGUUAGCUCCGGUUGUAUUUUAUGGCUUGCAUAAUUCUAAUUCUACAGAGUAUGUCCUCCCUGUCCCGCUCUGUCCCGCUCUGUCCUGCUCUGUCCUCCCUGUCCCGCGCUGUCCUCCCUGUCCUGCUCUGUCCUCCCUGUCCUGCUCUGUCCACAGGGAAGUCUUCUUUGGGUGUAGCUCUGUUCCGUCUUGUGGAGCCCUGUGGCGGCUCCAUCAAGAUAGACGGCAUCAACAUCUGUGACAUCGGCCUGGCCGACCUCCGCAGCAAGCUGUCCAUUAUCCCUCAGGAGCCUGUGCUGUUCAGCGGCACAGUCAGGUGGGCACGCCACUCAAACGCUCUAUUGUGACUGUAAAUGAAGACUGUCACUGGCCUGGUGGUCCCAGAUGUGGUUGUGUGGUCUUGCUGAGUUGGCACAUGGGAUUUUCCCUUUAGUCCCCAAUAUAUUCUGGUGACUGCCGAUGCAUUGUCUUGAAGUUGUCCUUGUCCUCUAUCCACCCCCAGGUCAAACCUGGACCCCUUUAAACAAUACGCAGAGGAGCUGAUCUGGGACGCUCUGGAGCGGACACACAUGAAGGAGUGUGUGAGUAUCCGGGACUCGGGCGUCCAGAGUAAGAAACUACAAGAGAGAGUGUGCUCAUACUAGAUUACUGGUUUUUAGAAAGAUGCUUGUGGGGUAGAGUUAUAGGCACAGAGGCUCAGAAGGUCAUGGGUAACACAGGACUGAGAAAUUAGACCCAUGUUCAAUUUUCUGUCUUUGAUUCAGGACUCUCUCUCCCUCUCUCUAUCCAUCCAUCCAUCCAUCCAGGUGUCUCAGCUGCCCCUGAAGCUGGAGUCAGAGGUGGUGGAGAACGGAGAGAACUUCUCUGUGGGAGAGAGACAGCUGCUCUGUGUUGCUAGAGUCCUGCUCAGACAGUGCAAGGUACCCUACAAAAUGGGAAUUGAGAGAAUUGUCAUUUUUAUGUGUGUUGACGUCCAAUGGUUUUCCAGGUAGCCAACCUUGUGAGUAGAAGGAUAUCUUUAAUCUUCUAUGGUCACAGCACCUUUCUGACUUACAUCUCGGUGGCCCCUCCCCUCUCAGGUCCUGAUCUUGGACGAGGCCACGGCAGCAAUGGACACAGAGACAGAUUCUCUGAUCCAGGAGACAAUCCGCAAUGCCUUUCAGGACUGCACCACCCUGACCAUAGCCCACCGGCUGCACACCGUACUCAACUGUGACCGCAUUAUGGUGCUCAACCAGGGACAGGUACACACAACACAAGCUCAUCUACUGUACAUUCACUCGACUUUUAACGAAAGAUUAGUACUACAGUGAGGGAAAAAAGUAUUUGAUCCCCUGCUGAUUUUGUACGUUUGCCCACUUAUCAGUCUAUACUUUAAAUGGUAGGUUUAUUUGAACAGUGAGAGACAGAAUAACCACAAAAAAAUCCAGAAAAAUGCAUGUAAAAAUUGUUAUAAAUUGAUUAGCAUUUUAAUGAGGGAAAUAAGUAUUUGACCCCCUCUCAAUCAGAAAGAUUUCUUGCUCCCAGGUGUCUUUUAUACAGGUAACAAGCUGAGAUUAGGAGCACACUCUUAAAGGGAGUGCUCCUAAUCUCAGCUUGUUACCUGUAUAAAAGACACCUGUCCACAGAAGCAAUCAAUCAAUCAAAUUCCAAACUCUCCACCAUGGCCAAGACCAAAGAGCUCUCCAAGGAUGUCAAGGACAAGAUUGUAGACAUACACAAGGCUGGAAUGGGUUACAAGACCAUCGCCAAGCAGCUUGGUGAGAAGGUGACAACAGUUGGUGCGAUUAUUCGCAAAUGGAAGAAACACAAAAUAACUGUCAAUCUCCCUCGGCCUGGGGCUCCAUGCAAGAUCUCACCUCGUGGAGUUGCAAUGAUCAUGAGAACGGUGAGGAAUCAGCCCAGAACUACACGGGAGGAUCUUGUCAAUGAUCUCAAGGCAGCUGGGACCAUAGUCACCAAGAAAACAAUUGGUAACACACUACGCCGUGAAGGACUGAAAUCCUGCAGCGCCCGCAAGGUCCCCCUGCUCAAGAAAGCACAUAUACAUGCCCGUCUGAAGUUUGCCAAUGAACAUCUGAAUGAUUCAGAGGAGAACUGGGUGAAAGUGUUGUGGUCAGAUGAGACCAAAAUCGAGCUCUUUGGCAUCAACUCAACUCGCCGUGUUUGGAGGAGGAGGAAUGCUGCCUAUGACCCCAAGAACACCAUCCCCACCGUCAAACAUGGAGGUGGAAACAUUAUGCUUUGGGGGGGUUUUUCUGCUAAGGGGACAGGACAACUUCACCGCAUCAAAGGGACGAUGGACGGGGCCAUGUACCGUCAAAUCUUGGGUGAGAACCUCCUUCCCUCAGCCAGGGCAUUGAAAAUGGGUCGUGGAUGGGUAUUCCAGCAUGACAAUGACCCAAAACACACGGCCAAGGCAACAAAGGAGUGGCUCAAGAAGAAGCACAUUAAGGUCCUGGAGUGGCCUAGCCAGUCUCCAGACCUUAAUCCCAUAGAACAUCUGUGGAGGGAGCUGAAGGUUCGAGUUGCCAAACGUCAGCCUCGAAACCUGUCCACAGAAGCAAUCAAUCAAUCAAAUUCCAAACUCUCCACCAUGGCCAAGACCAAAGAGCUCUCCAAGGAUGUCAGGGACAAGACUUGGAGAAGAUCUGCAAAGAGGAGUGGGACAAAAUCCCUCCUGAGAUGUGUGCAAACCUGGUGGCCAACUACAAGAAACAUCUGACCUCUGUGAUUGCCAACAAGGGUUUUGCCACCAAGUACUAAGUCAUGUUUUGCAGAGGGGUCAAAUACUUAGUUCCCUCGUUAAAAUGCAAAUCAAUUUAUAACAUUUUUGACAUGCGUUUUUCUGGAUUUUUGUGUUGUUAUUCUGUCUCUCACUGUUCAAAUAAACAUACCAUUACAAUUAUAGACUGAUCAUUUCUUUGUCAGUGGGCAAACGUACAAAAUCAGCAGGGGAUCAAAUACUUUUUUCCCUCACUGUAUAUAUAUAUAUAUAUAUUACACACACACACACACACACACACGCUAGCUAGUGAGUCCUGAAGCUGUGUUGCCCUGUAGCUCAACCUAAGUCACAAAGACUUGUUUUAAACAAGGGUAUGCAUCCCGGGUUGGUCAUACGGAGACGGAACGUGAGGCUACAUACUUUCACAUUUCCUGUCUCUACAGCUGGCUAAUGGGCUUGGAAGGCUUUUAGGUCUUACUAAAUUGACAUUUAUGUAGUGAUACUCCCCCACAUCUAUGCUCCAAGGAAUCCCUAAAGCCUUGUUUUGUUUCCCCCGGCCUCCAUUUCAUUUAGGUGGUGGAGUUUGACGAGCCGUCCAACCUGCUGGCCAAUGAGAACUCUCGAUUCUGUGCCAUGCUGGCUGCUGUGGAGAACAAGAUCUCUGUGAAAGGCUAAAAUGGGUACAGGAGGCACAGACGUGCCCUGGAGAUGAGGACAGGGGAGGACGCUCCCACAAGGCUCCAGCCAUCCGACCUCUCCCUCCUCCUCUGUGUACCCACCCUGAGCUUACCGCUCAGCCUGUGGAGGAGUGCAGCAUCGGACCAUGGAAAUAGAAUUCUACGGUUGCAUCAGGUCCUUGGUAUAAGGCAAGGGCUGCCCUGAGGGGAUGCUUGCUCAGAAACCAUUUCAGCUGGAAUGGUCAGGGAACCACUGAUACUGUACUGUCUUUAGUAAUAUAUAAGAAAUAAAGCUUUACAUGUAGCUAUAUUCAUAGCAUAACUGGUCUGUUUUAUAGAAUAUAUCUAUAUAUACAUAUAUUUACAGUGGUAAAAUAUUCUUUAUUUUCUACUGACUGUAUGUACAAUGUAUUAUUGUAUAUUUACUCAUGUGUUACCAUCAUUACUGUUUAACUUUGCUGUUGAUUUUUUGGCCAUUUGAAACAUCUGUAAUCCUUUGUCUUGUGACUUGAACCCAUGAGCCCUCAAACCCUGGUGGAUCUGUGGGAUCUAGAGGGACAGAUAAGACUCUAGGAGAGAGAUGGUGCUGCUUGUCCUUAGCGUUUUCACUGGGCAAUCAAAAGGGCGUGUUUAAAGGUAGAAAGAACCCUGCUUAAAGGUAGAGGGUGUCAGGCCUGCUUAAAGGUAGAGGGUGUCAGGCCUGCUUAAAGGUAGAGGGUGUCAGGCCUGCUUAAAGGUAGAGGGUGUCAGG